CUCGCUACACACCUACAAACUGCAACCAGUGAAGAUUGCAUGUGUGUGUUUACGCAAAGGACAUAGCGUUUCAUAGUAGAUACAUACGUUAAUAGACAGUAUAUUUUGGUAAACAUUGGAUCAGAUUACACUUAAAUUAAUAUGAAAUAUAAGUACUUAAUAUAUUUUGAAUUAAGUAAAUUAACUGUGUAAAGUACAGUACAGUGUUUUAAGUAUUAAAACAAUUUUUAAAAAAAUAAUAUGUAUAGAGAAAAGGGAUUAAUUCAUCUUUCAGUUUUUUCUUUUUUUUUUUUUUAUAUCUGUAUUUUUUGUUUGAAUUUCUAAAUCUUUUUAAAGGUUAAAAACUAUUAGCUUUUUUAUAUUUGUGAAACCAUAAAAUUAAUGAUUAAAACUCGAAAAAAAGUGAUGAUGCAUAUUUAUUUCUAAAUAACACACUAUGUAUAUAAACAUUGUAAUAAAACUUAAAAAUAAAAAUUAAUUCAUCUUUCAGUUUUUUCUUUUUUUUUUUUUUUAUAUCUGUAUUUUUUGUUUGAAUUUCUAAAUCUUUUUAAAGGUUAAAAACUAUUAGCUUUUUUAUAUUUGUGAAACCAUAAAAUUAAUGAUUACAACUCGAAAACAAGUGAUGAUGCAUAUUUAUUUCUAAAUAACACACUAUGUAUAUAAACAUUGUAAUGAAACUUAAAAAUAAACGGAUGAUUAGGAAGGACAUUUUCCCAUUCAUGGAGUUUGCUUAAAGGUUUGGAAAAUUUUUAAUUAAAGGUAGGAAACUUUUUUUAUUAAACUUUAGAAAUAGAUUAGAAUACUGUUUGUUAGAUUAAGUGUUACCAUUACAUAAUUAAUUGUAUUAUUUUGUAUUAUUUAACAUUUAUACUUUUAAAACGUAUUUUUUUUAUAUUAUAAAUGGAUAUAAAAGUAAUAGUAAUAGAAAGGUUGUUGCAAAACAAGUACAAUUUUGUAAAAGUUUCCCGGACUGGUAAACUCAAAAAAUAAUUAUUUUGCCUAUAAGAUUAAAAAAUAAUAGUAUUUUUAAUGGAAGUAUUUUCACUCUAGUUAAAACUAUAAUUAAAUGUCUGUAAAUGUUUAUAUGUAAAUAAAUUUUAAAAAAAUACAUUUAUAAAUAUAUAAAUACUGUCUGAUAUAACAGACGUGGUCCGGGUUUGCAUUAGGACCCAAUCCUGGUGGGACCACUAUACCAUUGGGACCCCACUGCCAUUCUGACACCGAUCACAGCGCAGUCCAGUUUCAAGGUGUGAUACUGAUCCUGGUGGUAUCCCGUUUUCUUGUGGCUCCGUAUCCAGGAAGAAUCCAGGUUGCGGUGUUUUCCCGAUCCCGUCGGUAUCCCUAUCUUGGUGGAUCCCUAUCCCAGUGGGCUACUGAUCCCGUUAGGAUACCAUCCUCUGGGGGAUCCCAUUCCAGCUGCCGAUCCCCUUUACCGAUGUUAAACCUUUUCCUGAUAAUACCCCGAUCCGGCUUUGAUUUGAUGCCGUUACCUGAUGGGUUCGCCUUACCAAUGGGCUCGCCAUUAUAAUCCUGUUCCUCUAUUCGAUCAUGCUCAGUACGAUUUUGUUCGAAUAAGCAUUUAGAUACCCUAAUAUAUACCAGUAGAACAAUAUAGAACCUUCUAGAACAUGUUAUAUUAAAUUUAAUAUCCUCCAUGAAACAGGUAAAGAUUACUUUUCUGCGUCAUUAUUUUAUGAAUGCGAAAUAUUAUACAACUAAAUUGUACUAUUAUAACAAUAGUAUAUUUAAAUUUAAUUGGGGUCCUAGUGGGCGACCAUUUAUAAAUUAAUUUUUGACUAUAUCUGUGAUGGGGGGCCUAACAAUCUUUCAGAUUAAUUAUGGAGUUACAUUUUAAAAUUAAAAUUAGAUUUUGCCAUAACUAGAGCUUAGUUAAAGUAUCGAACACUCUAGAAAAUUCUAGAUCUGCUCUGAAUGCAUUGGAUAUUAUUAGUUUUAAAUCCAACGAUGUUUUAAUACUGAAAAUGACGUGUAUGGCUACCACGCUAGGCAUAUAUCAAUCAAUUCACAUUGAAACUAUAGCGUUGUCUAAGCCUAUUGAUAUUGAUAUGGCUUAUAUAUGGAAACAUGAAAUGGGCCCUCCGGCCUCAGAGGAUUGGAUAUUAUGAGUUCAGUACCAUUCGCUAUAUGAAUAUGGAAAAUAUAGUGUAUGUGUGCUAAAUUUGGUGAAGAUCCAUAUAUUCAUGUGGGAGUAUUAAGCCUAUUAAUAUUUAUAUAGCUUAUUGAAUAAUAAAUGAAACGGGGCCCGGUAUGUAUAUUAUGUGUCUAGUAACUUUAGGUAUUUGAAUAUGGAUAAUAAAGUGUAUGUGUACUAAGUUUGGUCAAAUGCAAUCUAUUCAUGUAGGAGUAUUAAGCCUAUUUACCCAUAUAACUUUCUGGAACAUUCUAGAUUAAAUGUAAUAUUCUACACGAAAGGAGUAAAACAUGUCGUUUUUUAGUAAUUAUUCUUUGAAUAAGAAAUAUUAUCCAAAUAACUGCAUUACUAUAACUAUAUCAAAUAUAAGUUAAAAGCGGUGCCCCGGGUGACCAUUCCAAAAUUGUGCCGAGGUAGUUUUGAUGGAGAUGGGGCCCUAUAACAAUCAUGUAGAUACGUUAUUAAGUUGAAAUGUAAAAUGUGUCUCAUUAAAAUCCGUUUAAAAAUGCCAUAGAUGUAAUAGCUUUUUUAAAUUAUCGAACUUUCUAGAAAAUUCUAGAUCGGCCCUGCAUGGAUCGGAUAUUAUUAGUUUUGAAUCCACUGAUAUUUCAAUAAAAAAAUGAAGGGUAUUGCAACCAAGCUAUGCAUAUAGCGUUGAAUUUACAAAGAACCCAAAGUGUUGUCUAAGACAAGCCUGCACAACUCAAAAUGUAGGGCGCGUCGUAAUACUUUAUGAAAAACAUUGCGUGUCAAAAGAAAAUAGGACAGGACUUGCGCGGGGCCGAAUAAUAUAUGACAUGGGGGAAAAUAAUUAGAAUGAAGAAUAUUUUCUAACUCCGCAGGCCGAAAAGGGGUGCUGGCGGGCUGUAUGUUGUACAUGCCUGGUCUAAGCCUAUUUAUAUGUAUAUAGCUUAUUUAAAGAAAAAUUAAAUGGGGCCCCCGUCCCCAAAGUACUUUAAUAUGGGCAAUAUAGUGCAUGUGUACUAAAUUUGGUCAAUAUCCAUAUAUUCAUGUAGGAGUAUUAAGCCCAUUAAAUGUAUAUAGCUUAUAUACGACAAACGAAACGGGGCCCCUGGCCCAGAGAAAUUGAUAUUAUCAGUCCAGUACCUUUCGGUCCUUGAAUUUAGAGUAUCAAAUGUAUGUGUACUAAGUUUGGUAAAGAUCCAUCUAUUCGUGAAGGAAUAUUUGUUGCCAAUUUUAUUGAUAUAGCUCAUAUUAAAAACAAAACGAAUUAUGGGCCCCCGGCAGUAAACGGAAUGUUACAAAAAGUUCAUAACACCUUAAGAUUUUCUUCCGGAUUAUAAGGGAUGUAUGUGCCAAGGUUGGUCAAUAUCCAUGACUCCAUGUAAAAAUAAAUGUGGAACAAAUCAAGCCACAAAAAAAAAACAAAAAAAACGUUCACUUAUAUAUAAAUAUAUAUAUAUAUAUAUAUAUAUAUAUGAUAAGUUAAGAAUCUUUUAUUGAUCCAAACAAAUGGAAAUGUUUGAUGAUUGCAUCGCACAUUUUCAGCACAUAAAUAAAAUAAUUUGAACACAAGACAUAUUUUAAAAAAUUAUAAAUAACCGCCAUUUGUUGAGUUCUGUUAGCCACAUCAGGGACUUCUUAGUUUUCAUUAAGAUUUUUUGACUUCACGUGGAGCACACUGAUAAAUUUCUAAAAAAAUGGGGAACAAAAGAAUUAGUAUAUCUUUCAGUCCUCGCCCUGACGGAAAGAAUUCGUCCCCAACGGGCCAAUCCUAUGUAACUGUAAUGAAAAGUGUUGGAUGUAUCAUCCAAAACGGGUUAAGUUUGAUUAAAUAACAUCUUUCUUCAAAUAGUUCACCAAGUUAAGGAAGUUUAGUUUGUGUUAUGGUUCUAGCUUUCUUGAUUAGUUGGUGUAUGAGGUGUUCAAUAUUAGACGUUGAAUUUCCAAACAAGCAUGUAAUACUGAAAUUAAGUUGGCUACCAAUUAUGGCUUUAAAAUAAGUUAACGUCUUGUUGGUUUACGCUGAAAGUGUACAGUUUUUUGAGGUAGAAGAGUCGUUGGUUGAAUUUCGUAUACAUCAGUUUGCCGGGGUCAUUUCAUGUUAGCUUAUUAUUAGUGGUGACAUCUAAGUACUUGUAUGCCUCUACUUUUUCUACACUACGAUUUUUUAUGUUGAGAUCUGUAAUCUGGUGUGUCCCCCUCAUGAAAUCAACAAACAUUUCCAUUGUGUUUGAGACAUUCAGCUGGAGAAAAUUUUCAUCGCACCAAUUGAUAAAGCUUGUAACUAAGUUGCGGUAUAAACCUUCUCGUUCCGAUAUUAAGUCAACGAUUGUGGUAUCACCAGAAAAUUUUCAGAUUGGAACGGUGUCUCUUGAACUUUGAAUUUCAUUGAUAUAUAAAUAUAUAUAUAUAUAUAUAUAUAUUUAUNCAGGACUGCACUGUAAGUACAUUAAUUUACAAGACUGUAGUAAGUACAGUAAUUUACAAGACUGUUGUAAGUACAGAUAUUUUUAAAAAAUCAAAUACAAAAGUGAAAUGUUGACCCUAACAGAAAUCCUAUUGUCAAAUGGAAGAUAAUUAGUUCUUUAUAUAAUUCAUCCACCAUCAAAGGAUGAAUAUGGAUAGAGCAUUCGCAAUGUUUAGGAAUUGUGAAGUCUAUAUCACGAUCACACGCUAAAAUCAGACAUGUAAAAAUGUAAUCUUAGGCUUGAAAGGACAUUUAUAGAUUGUAUAAACUGCCAUAGGAGUGGAGAAGGUUCAACAUCGAUACCUUAGAGGAAAAGUAGCCAGAAGGCAGACAUAGGCUUGCAUGAAAAGAUUUAGAGCAGGUGCGAAUCCAAGUAUGGAAAAGAAAAGCAUUAGUUAGGACUGAGUGGAAGGACCUGCUGAAGCACGCAAAAACCCUAUAUUUGCUUUAGAGUAAAGUAGAUGGAUGGGUGAACACAUCUAUAUGUAUAUAUUUUACAACAAUAUGGCUGACUCACAAAUUUGUGUGUAUGCAAAAUGUUAAAAAUAGAGGAAAGCUUUGAAUGAAUGUAAAUACAAAUAUAUACAAUUAAUCCGUGAAUCUAGGUUAAGGCAACGUGGUUUAACUCAAACUAUAUAAUAUUGAAUUGAAUCUCGAAGUCAAUCUAAGGCUGAUAGUAAUGUCAAUUUGGCAACUCUUUCGACGCAAUUAAGGAAACGUUUUAUUGACAAUCGUCAGUACAAAGGAUCCGCUUGCUUUUGGAGAGUAUCGAUAUGCCUGGAAAAGGCAACACCUGGUCUCCAUAAAAAAUCAACAACACGAAUGCUAAGUAGCGACACUGACGACGACACUUGACGAUGUAGAGCUUUUUGUAAAGGAAGAGAAGUAAAUAUAGGCCCUUCAAUCAAAAAGAACAUAGGGAAGAACAAAUUUAACAAUGUGUAUAUGUUCUUCUGAGAAAUAUGCAUCGGAGACUUCCAAUCCAGGAUCAGUUUCACAAGCCAUUUUAUCAAUUGUAAAAGCUACUCCAUCUUUUCGCGAAGAUGCAAGGCUGCCCUAUACAUUUAUAUAUGAAUCAGCGUUCAUCUGAAUCGAACAGAGCAUAAACAAACGGUAUCUAGUCUUGCUUCCUGUAUUGCUUGACUGUUUCAGAAGUACGGGCUGGAGCAGUACGCUCUUGAGCAAUUUCCCUCUGCUGGACAGUUUUUGAAACUCGUGAUGCCUUUUUUCGUGCUGAGCUUUGUGUAGACCAAUAGCUUUUCUUAAGAUGGCAUUGACAGCGAAAGUAAUCCUUUGUGACGAAUAUUACAAAUGCAUUUGGGACCUAUUAUUAGAUAUCGAUUGGCAAAAUAAAUUUCAAAUUUAACGUCGCCUGUUAUGUCGAUGUUUUUAUAUAAUUUCAUUCCAUUAUGUUAGGAUAUUCCUAAAGUUAAUAACGUCCACAUAUUAGGAUCUUACUUCUUUUUAUACAAACAACUUUCGCAGUAUUUUCGUUUACCUAGGGUACAAUACUUGAAGUUGCUUAGGAAUAACAUUACUUGAUAAAUCACAAAAUCAAGUGUUAAAAUUUCGAUAGUGCAAUAUUUCGACAAAUUCAUUGUCUAGGGUGUAAUUGAAUUUCUUGACUCACCAUCGAUUUUUGUCCAAUGUCUGUUUUAAAAAAUCGAAAACACAACCUUCUAUCACAUAAUUACUUAAUCAUAGCCAUAAAAAAUAGUGAAACAUUGAUAGCAUCACUUCCUUGUCUUAAAUAUGUCACAACAUACUGAGCUCAUUUAAAAAUAACAACAAAAACAAGCACUCUACAACAAACAUUGCCGAAUGUGUUUUCUCAAAUUACGUCCCCGUGCAAAAACUUAGAAAUGUAAAAAGAUGUUACAAAUUUUGAAACCUUUGCGACCGUGUGUACAAGAAUUCACCAUUUUUUUUUUAGCGAAACCCAUGAAUAGUAAAGGAGCACUUAAAGAAAAUAUAUUUAUAUGAAAAUCGUAACCUAAAAGAGAUUUUAGGUCCUAGGGCAACAAAAUGGAUAUUUUAAAAUGGUCGAACUAUUUCAGAAACAUUUCGCCGGUGUUUGAACAACACUUCACCAAAUUUUUACCGCAGUCGGAUGAAUAGAAUCGGAACUCAUACGGAAAUUAUAUUUGCAUACCUCAUAUCAGAAAAAAAAGAAUUUAGAGCCUUUAGCCCCGAACUGAAUGUUGUAUAAUUGCUUAUAAUGUUCAGCACAAACUUAAAUUUUUAAAAUAGUAUUUAUACUAGCCAAUAUGACUUGCUAAACAUCGUAUUUCAUUCGGAAAACAACAAUUGUACAGCGUUUUAAUUGACAUAAAAAAAAAAUAGGGCAACGUAAAAAUUUUUUUUAAAAAUCCCAGUGGAUUAAAGUUCACUCGUUUCACUUUAGGAUCCUGUUUCUCGUUGGGAUCGUGUUGCCGUGGGAUAUUUUUUUCCCAUUAGAAUUAUAAUGAGUCAGUUCAACAAGUAACCAUGAAAGUAUAUAAUUAAACCAACAUCUCAAUAAGCAUUUAUAUUCACUAAAUAAAUCCCUAUAGUGCUAUAUAACUCACAAAGAUCGUAAUUCUACCGUGAUCGGGAUCCAACCGGGAUUUGGAUAGCUCCAGAAACUUGAUACCACAGGCUCAGGAUAUCAACGGGAGCGGGAACCAACCGAAUAAUAAUGCAUACGGGAUAGGGAACACGCAAUGAUCGGGAUUCCACAGGGAACGUAAUCCUAUCAGGAACGUGAUUUAAUGGGGUCUAGGAUCCCAUCAGAAUCCAAUGGUAUCGGAAUGAGGAUUGGAAUCAGGAACUCACCGGUAUCGGGAUCAAUGUUCCCUCUAAGAUUUGCUGAUUUGUGUGCAAAAUUAUACAGCUGUGUGCAAAGUUUUAAAGCAUCAGUUUUUUUGUGUGCACAAUUUUACAGCCCACAAACACAAACACACACCGAAAUGGAAAUUUGCUGUGCGGAAACUCAAAACUGCUGAGCGGCUUCUGUGAGAUACCUGCGCGACCGUGCAAUUUAAAGGGAAUAUUGAUCGGGAUCACACAUGGAUCGGAAUCAACCGAGAUAAGGAACCCACAAUGAUCAAGAUCCCACCGGGAUCGCACUGCCGAUAGUAUCGGAUACCAUCGGGAUCCAACCGUAAUCGAUAUCCAACUGGAAUUGGCAUGUAAACGGGGCCAGGAUUCCACGGGAAACCGGAAUAUCAGGGAAAAUGGGAUACAAUCGGGAAAUGGGAUCCAAUUGGGAUCCCAUCGGGGAACGAAAGAUUUACAAAAGUUAUUUUACAUUUGUUAUUAUAGGAGACAAAGCAUUUUAAAAGAAAUAUAUGUAUUUGUUUGUUUUGUUUGAUUGUUUUUUUAAUGGCGAUACAUUUCAAUGUUAAUUUAAACGCUGUAGAGGGUGUUGUUUUCCGAAUGCAAUCCCUGGAAACACCGGGUAUAUUGGCUAGUAAUUCAUUUAGUUUUAUAACGACCAAUCCCUUACAACCUUAAAUGUUUGCUGAUUAUUAUUUAACGUGGACAUGGUUAACAUCAAAGAUUUUUAAUCAAAAAAUCAUAGAAAACUAUUUAAUGCAGAUUUGAAUAUAAAUGUAUAUAUAUAUAGAAAUAUAUAUAUAAGUGUGUGUGUAUAUAUAUAUAUGUUUAAUUUAAAUUAAAUUUGGAUAGAAGAUAUAUAUUAUUUUUAAUUCAUCACAUAUAUUAUUUCUUAAUAAAGCAUUUAUUUAUCUAAGAAAUUAAUAUAAUUUAUUACAAACAAAAAGUCAAUGGCACCAACAUUUAAAUAGGCAAACAUCAAUAAAAUUAUAUAAUUUUAAGGAACUAUUCCUAAUAUAUUUGUCAUUUUCAAUUGGGACAAUUAUUACAACUAAUACAUUUAAAAAAGAGGAAUAACUCAAAUAUUUGUUCUAGAUAAUUUAUUUCAAUUAUCCCGGUUGUCACGCCCCUCUUAAGGUAGUUUUGGAGUUUAUAAUCGUACUGGAAUGUAACAAAUAAAAAAAAAAACAUAAUGUGCAGCUACAAACAAACAAGCUUACACAUUUUUAUGAGUGUUUUUUUUUGGUCUUUCCUUAUAGUUUUACUAUUAGCUAUAUUUGAAUUUAAUUUUACACAUGUUUGUUACUAAAGUAAUUUCGUAGGAAUAUAAUAAUUUUUACUAUUCUUAUUAGCAUUUUGAUCUAUAAUCUAGAAUCGGACUAGAAAUAAGUGUUACACUAUUUCCAGAUAAUACAUUUUUACGUCAUUAUUUUAUUAUCAUUACAUUAUCGAAUUUUUCAAAUUUCAAAGAUAUUAAAUUAGCAUUUACGAUGAAAUCUUUUUAUAAAUGACUUUAAAUUUUAAUGGUUCAAAGACUACACUUUUAGUUCCAAAUUACUUUUUGCGUAAAAUAUCAUGUUUUUUUUUUUUCCAUGGCUGCUGUCUCGACAAGUACGGGAGCUCAAACCGAAAACAAUAGACCAACUAAUGGUCGCUAAAUUAAACAAGUAAACAUUAUAUAAAUAAAUGUAUGUACAUAUAUUUUCAUAAUCCUUUUUGUUUUGUUCUUUUUUUUUUUUUUUUGCUUUGACAAGCAACGCCCUAAUGAUCUUAAAAGAAUGGGAACAAAACGGACUCAUUGGCCAACGAUACUGUUUUUGCUUUCAGCUUAUUCUUGGCGAGUAAAAUGAUAUUUAGUAUACUUGAUUUUACUAUUUAUUUUUUUUUAUUAUUUUUUUUUUUUUUUUUUUUUUUUUUUUUUUUUGCUUUGACAAGCAACGCACUAAUGAUCUUAAAAGAAUGGGAACAAAACGGACUCAUUGGCCAACGAUACUGUUUUUGCUUUCAGCGUAUUCUUGGCGAGUAAAAUGAUAUUUAGUAUACUUGAUUUUACUAUUUCAUUAGGCAAAUUAAUAUAUAUAUUUAUAAAUAAGUAUCCAAUUACUAUCCUGUUAUAACUAUAAUUCGUAAAUAAUACAAUCAUGGAAUUACUCUCGAAAUAUCACCCUUUUAUUUUCAAGGAAAUAUUUUCAUACAACUGGUAUUACAUGUUUUAAAUUGAAAUUGAUAAACGGAACAUGUUUUGUUUUGAUGAUAAUACCGCUAAAAUGUGUUUUAAGCUGAUAUUUUAACCUACUAAACAUUAAGGAAUGAAAGCUUUUGAUACCUUUUCAGGGCUAUGUUUUAUUAUGAACACAACGCAAUCAGUAGAAAUUUAAAACGUUUAUGUGUGUACUUAAAAAAAAACAAAUCAAUAAUUAUGUAAGACCGUAUGGUACGUUUACUUCUUUAGGACAUUUUGAUGUUUAAUACGGUUAAGAGAUUUGGUAUAUAUAUAUAUAUUAUUUAUUUAAAAUUACCCGAGGUUACCGUCCUUGCUUAUUUCUUUGAUUCUGAAAAAAAACGCUGUAACAACGAAAACGUAAAGCACAAAAAAAAAAAAUAAGUUACAGUCCUAUACUGUAUUAGUAACGUAAAAAAAAAUUGUUACUUGUAGUUAUUGCUGUAUUGUAAUCAGGGCAGCGCCAGAGUAUUUGGCACCCUAGGCGAACCUGUUGGACUGCGCCCCCCACGCCCACGGCAACAAUUAUUUAAUUAAUAAUGCCGCCCCCUAAAAAUUUGCCGCCCUAGGUGCCCGCCUAGUUCGCCUAAUAGUUAAACCGGGCCUGAGUAUAAUGUUGUAGUAUCUGAUUAUCCAUUUUGAAAAACGUCCAUGAUUUCUUAAAAGCGCGAGGCUAGAACUUCUUGAAAUUAGCAUCACACACGUUUAUUAACUGAAUGUAUAUUAUACAUACGGCAAGAAAUAACACCUCUAGCAAAUAGAGCAAAUGUAGUUGUCAUAUAACUUCUUCCACUGAAAUCUUUCAACAUUAGUCGUUGUUUGAUAUAAAAGAGCCAAUAGUAAAAUACACAGACUGCCAUUUAAAAAUCAUACAUUUCUUCUCAGCCCAUGACAUACAAUACAAUUCACUUUCUGUUCAUCAUAACUUACAAAAAUAAUACCUUAUCUGAAACAACAAUUUUGUCUGCAUAUUUGAUCUGUGAGACAUACAAAUUAAACAUUUUCUUCCUAGAAAACCCACAUUGAUAAUUGUGUAAAAAUCGACUUGGACCAUUGACUAUCUAGUUAGGGGUUGAGAAUGAUUUACGUUGAGCUCGUAAGUGGCCUGCUUGUUCGAUCCGUUAAAUAUAAAGAGAGCCUGAAUGUCACCACUGGACUUGGUAUGAUGGGUUUUGGAUCACUGAUGACUUUCGCGGGUGAAUUAGUUUAAAGUUAAACAGAGUUGAGCAGCGUCAACCUCGCUCUCAAAGUCCGGACACGCGGUGUCCAGUGACAAGACUAAGUCAAGAAUGUCAGACAGGUACGGAUGAAGUGAAUGACCAAGAUGUUCUAGGUGCCUCAUCAUCUCUACACACUCCACCGUGCGUUGCUGUAAUUGCGUUCUCCUCCGUUAAACUAAUUGGUCCUCUCUGCAGGAUCUGUCGACGUUCAGACUUCGCUUUCAGUGAGCAGGCUGUUCUAAAUCACUGAGGUUUUAAAGCCCAUCAGCUACCUUCACCUACUUUACGCGGCUAGUGGAUGCCGUUGCCCAUUGUAUGGCAGCUGUUACAUGCUAAUAGCUGCAGGGAAGAUUAAUAAGUACACCUCUAAAGAAUGUAAUAAGCGGCGACGCCACUUCCAGGUAAAAAUUAAACUGUUUUCAACUAUGAUUUAAAGAGCAAGCUAAUUUUUUUUUAUUAAAUAUGUUUUAUUAAAAAAAAAUAAUAAUAAAACAAGCAAUUGCCAUUUAUCCGCUACAACAAUAUGAUCAAAGCAGGAACUAAUUAAAAAAGAACAAUCCCUAAGAUAGUGGAGGGAUCUAUAAAAAUCAUUUAAAUAAAUAUUAAAAUUAAAUUUAGAACAAAGUGUGCUUUGGUACACUACUAUUUGACUAGAAUGCACCUGUCGAUUCGGCUCUAAAAAAUAACCUCCAUGAGAGAAUAUGUUCGUGUAAACUACAUAUUAUUGCAGCAAAAACUUAAAUUACAACUUGAAACUCUACAAGCUUUUCUUAAAGACAGUGUUUCCACUUGAAGUAGACACAUUUUAGUUUCAGGACUAGAUGGUAUCGUGACUAAAAUAAUUCGAAAUAAUAUAAAUUUAAGAAUUAUAGUAGUUUAAUUAUAUGCUUCAGUUUUAGUGUACAAUUUGCAUCAAUUAUAUUUUAUUGUUCCAACUGUUUAAUUUAUACAGUAAUAGAUUUAGAUUGUGUUUUCCUUGUAAAAUUCUAACAUUAGGUAAGGAUAUAAUUGUCGACAAGGAAACUCCUUAAAGUAUUGUUAUUCUGAAUCUUUUGUUGUUGCUUUAAUUAAAGUACAAUAUAUACAUAGGAUAUGAUUAACUAAUUUAAAGCUGUUUCUAACUGAGAUAAAGAAUGUAUGCUUAUUGAAACGAAAAAAAAAAAGAAUAAAAAAAGUAUAUAAACUAUGCCUUUAUUGUCAAAUAAAAUACAUAGUUUAAACUUAUUCCCGUUUUCGUGCAACAAAAUAACACAAAUUAUUAUUGUAAAUUACAGUUUAAAUCGCAUAUACAUUUUAUAGCUAAUUUUUUUUCCUGUUCGGUUUUAUAGUGUAUUACCCUCAAACAUUUUCCAUUUGUGAAUGAGGAAAUUAUAGCGCAAAAAAUAUCAAUAAACCAUCGAUACAAAUCGAAAGAUCAUCGAAAUGAUGACAUGGCGUGAUGAAAAUGACCAUAUUUCUGAUACAAUAACCUCAGCGUGCCCGAGCGUUUUUUUAUUCAUAUAUGCAGCCGAUUUCUUUUAUGGACAAAUUCCAUCAGUAAUGUCACUUAAAAUUCUUCUCUCCAAAGUAAUUCCCCAAUACAAUGUAUUCAGUUUACUCAAUAGCCAACCACACGUCUAAAUAUGCAUAGCAUUUACUUUGUGUUCUUCAAAUCAAGCGUUUGCUAAUUUUCUGUGCUGCAAUUUAAAAAAAUAGCAUUUGUGCCUCAUGUUUGUCAUUUGUUUUUUCACUGACCAAAUUUUUUGACGUUGUAGCCUUUUUUGUUCAUCUCUGGUGACUGUUACAAAAAGACAACCUUUGAUUUAAAGUUUAAAGUAUCCUUUCAUAUACGACUUUUAUUUUAACAUUAUUCUUUGCGCUCUUAACUUAGGGAAUGCUCAUUAGAAAUAUGGAUUUAUUCAUUAAAACACUUUUCCAGAUCAAAUUUCUUCCCACACAGACAUAAAAUUAAAAAUGGAUGCUAUCAUGCUGAGCCCCGAAAACUGUAAUCACAAGUCUUAUCUUGUUUUAUAUUUCAUACUGUACUAAAUUAGACGUUAAUGGAAUGGAUCUGAUGCUUCCAAUGGAAGUUACCAGUUUUAUUGCACAGACACAUAUUAUACUGCUUAUACUUGUAAUCUGAUGUCGAGGAAAAUAAGAGAUGGAUUUUUAGAAUGUUUCAUACGUAUAUCCCUUUAUACAGUUGAAAUAAAAAAAAAACAUUGGACUUAAAUGUUUAUCCACAUAUAAAAAAAAAUACAUUUUCUGUAUUUAUAUUUAUAAUUAGCGAGAACCCGGCAUGCGUUGCAAUGCCUCUCAAAGAAAGAAAGUGUUUGCAUUUUAAUAAUGUCUCUUAAAGAGCUUUUAAAUACAUAAAGUUGUUCUUUUUUUCCAUCUGGUACAUACACGAAUAAAUCAGAUGUUUUUUUUCCGACGCGAGAGCAGGCCACAUACAUCUGUCAAUGGGAGAAGCAUGGGUUUUACAAAUUUAGUACGCAAACUUGUAGCGAUUGUCCCUGUGCUUUGUAGAUAGUCAUUGCAAACGCGUGUCGCACCGUAAAAUGCAGACGUUUGAGUUCAAAUGGCAUCAUUGGGAUGCGUGACAACUGUACAUCAGUUCCUUUAAAUUUUCCUUUUAAAAUAGUAGCUUAAGCUUCAAUGAUAUUUUUCAUUAUGUUUUUCAUUGAAACUUGUUACCGUUGUAAAGUCGUGGCUGAUUUUUGUUUUAUUAAAGAAUGAUAGUAACGCCACUUUUCAAUGUUAAAAUGUGCGAUGGAAUGCCUUGCAAGUCAAGUGAUUGGAUAAUUGACAACUUCGUCUUAAUUCAAUACAGUAUCGAUGGACUUAACGUUGUCCUUUCGCCUGGGAUUUCAUUUUGAAUGCUUAAUUGGAUUACAUUGUAAUUGUUGUUUUUGGCUGAAAAUAUAGCACGUGCACUGAGCCACUGAUGAUUUUUGUAAUACUGUGCGAUAUUUCGAAAAACUGUAUGUGUGAAUUCGUCGGUGGUAGCUGUAGUUUUACAGAAGCUUGUUGGCAGUGAAAAACAUUGAUGGGAUUCAUCAAUUGCUAUUUUCCCUUUACCAAUGUCCAACAAUUGUUUUGCGAAACGUUCAGUGGAUGCAUCAUCAUGUAAUUCUCCACGCAUAAUGGACUUCAAAGUCAAUUUCUGUACACGCCGCAAUAAAACUGAUGAUUUGAGACAUGCAUUUAAUUCAUCAGCAGCUGUUAAGGCCACCAUCCAAAAGUGUUGCUUUAAUUCCAGAUGAUGCAAUAGCCAGUGCAAAAUUUAUUUGUGAUCGUAUUAUUGCCAAAAUGAGUGAAAUUAUAAAAGAUUUUCCUGUGCCUCCGGGCGCAGCUAGGAAAUAUUGUCCACCGAUUUGAUUGGUAAUUGCAUGCAUAAUUCUGUAAUACAAUAUGAGUUGUUCUGGAACCAAUUUCGGAAGUUUCCUCCAAACAAAUAUACCCAAUAAUUGGAUAUGAAAAUGCGAUUCUCAUUUAAAAUCACGAUUGAAAAGCUUGUUUGCAGAUCGAUUCGGACAAGUCAUUCCUAACACUACCAGUGCUUUGUUAGAGAUUGUCCACAAUCGAAACCAAUGCCUCAUUAUACACUUUUGGUGUAAAUUUAAUCUCCGGAUUUUGAUUCGUUGCACGCAAACGAUGUAGGAUAUCUUCACUUCGGUAUUCUUUGUAUUUCUCCCAAACAACUUUUGGAUUGGAUGGGAAGCAAGUUGUCAUUGUGAUUGCAAACAAAGUGCAAACGUUUAUGAAAGCUCCUGUGCAGAAUGUAAUUCUGACAUUUUAACUUUCCCACCUGCACAUUAAAUUCCCGGUGUUUCAUUCUUAAAGUUUAGGGCACUGAAAUACACGCAUAAUUGAUCAAUUUACACAAUAACCACACUUGGAUAAAGACUGUAAUCAUAAUUAGCAUGCUAAUGGAAUGCACUAAUAUUAAUUCAGUGUGCAGUUCUCAUCUACAUCGAGCAGUGCGUACUCUAAGUGAGUCCAGACUUGUUUCUCGCUGCUCGACUGUUUUAGACAAAUAGGUUUCAGCAUUGCUCACUCGUAUUGUUUUGAUUCUUAAUUCCCGUUGCUCGAAUGUAUCAUAUGAACGGGUUUGAGCAUUGGGUACUCAAGUGGUUUCUAGUCUUGCUUCACGAUUUUUCCUUUCAUGAUUGAGAUGUAGAAAGACCAAAAGCGCUUCCUUUAGGUGGCAUUAUUGAUUUGACAGCGAAUGUAUUUCUUUGUGACGAAUAUAAAAAAAUGCAUGUGCUAUGUAGUACUAUCGAGUACCCACCAUGCGCUGCAAAUCCUCUCAAAGAAAGAAAAUGUUUACAUUUAAUUAUGUUUAUUGUAGAGCUUUUAAAUCGGUCCCAUGCAUACACGAAUAAAUCAGAAGAUUUUUCGACGCGAGAGCAGGCCACAUAUAGCUGUCCAUGGGAGAAGCAUGGGUUUUCCAAAUUUAGUCCGCAAACUUGUAGCAAUUGUCCCUGUGCUUUUUUGAUGGUCAUUGCAAAUGCGAGUCGCACCGGAAACUGCACACGUUUGAAUUCCAAUGGCAUAUCUGUUAGAAUCAUUGGGAUGCGUGGCAAAAGUACAUCUGCUCCUUUAAAUUCUCCAUAUAAAAUAGUAGCUUCAAUGAUAUUGCUAAUCAUGAUUUUCACUGAUAGUUUGGUACCGUUGCAAAGUCUUGGGGGAUUAAUAUUUCGUAAAAGUAUGAUAGGUACGCCAAUUUUCAGUGUUAAAAUGUGCGACGGAAUGCCUGGAAAGUCAAGUGAAUUCAAGAAUUCUGUUGGAUAAUUGACAACUUCGUCUUGAUUCAAUACAGUGUCAAGGGAGUUAUACGUUGUUAUUUAACCUGGGAUUUCAUUUUGAAUUCUUAAGUUAAUGGCAUUGACAUCGUUGUUGUUGGCUGCUAAUACAGCACGUGCACUGAGCCAUUGAUCAUUUUGGUAAUUUUGUACGAUAUUUGAAAAAACUUUUUGUAUCAAUUCGUCAAUGUUGGCUGUAAUUUUACAGAAGCUUGUUGGCAAUGUGAUACAUUUUGUUGAUUCAUCUAUUGCCAUUUUCCCAUUCCCAAUGUCCAACAAUUGUUUUGCAAGACGUUCAGCAGAUUCAUCAUUGUGUAGUUUUUUUCGCAUAUUUGUUUUCAAAGUUAAUCUCUGUACAUGUUGCCAUAAUACUGAUGAUUUGAGACAUGCAUUUAAUUCAUCAGCCACUUUUGAACGUGGUAUAACGGGUAAAGUUUAUCGAAAAUCUGCAGAUAAUAAAAAAAGUGCGCCACCGAAGAGCUGUUCGUUUCAUCUCAAACCUUUUAGUGUACGAUGAAGCGCUUCCAAUGCUUUUUUGUGUGCCAUAGUACAUUCGUCUCAUAUAACGAUUUGACACGAUUGGAGUAAUUUAGCCAUUCCGGAAAAUUUAUUUUUAUUGCAUGUUGGUGUCUCAGUUAUUUGCAUAUUCAACGGCAAUUUCUGUGCUGAAUGGACUGUCCGGCCACCAUCCAAACGAGUUGCUGCAGUUCCAAAUGAUGCGAUAGCCAGUGCAAUAUUUUUUGUGAUGUUAUUGUCACCAAAAUAAGUGAAAUUAGGACAGGAAAUUAGGAAAUAUAGUCCACCAAUUUGUCAGGUAAUUGCAUGCAUAAUUAUUUCAUACACUAUGAGUUGUUCUGGAGGCUAUUUAGAAAGAUUCAUCUGAACAAAUGUACUUAAUUAUCCGAUGUCAAAGUGCGUUUUUCGAUGUAAAUCACGAUUGCAUAGCUUGGAUUAGCAGAAGUCAUUCCCAAUUCUACCAGGGCUUUGUUAGAGAUUGCAAAACAUAUGUCCUCAAUCGAAACCAAUGACUGGUUAUACACGUCUGGUGUAAAUUUAAUGUCCGGAUUUUGAUUCGUUGCAAGCAAAUGAUGUAGGAUGUCUUCACUCAUGUCGUCUUUGUAUUUCUCCCAGAGAUCUUUUGGAUUGGAUGGGAAGCAGGAUGUCAAUAUGAUUGCAAACAAAGUGCGUAUUUGCAGUGGUUGAGCAAUAUUCGAUGCAUCAGAUAGCGAAGUAUCCCAAUGAGCAUCGUUAUCCAAAAGUUUUAAUUCUUUGAAAGCUUCACAAUAAGUGGCAAGUAAUUGACCGUUUACUGUUCUCAGUUCUUGGAAGGAUGUUGGUCCACGUAUUUUGAUUAACAGUAAUCGCAAGUAAAAGUAGUCUGCAUUGUUUGAGUGAAAAGUUUACAGACGGCCUAAUGCGUCCACUUAAUAUAAAUUGGCUGUUCUUCAAAUGCUUUACCCUGUUUGCUACGUAUAAAACUUUUCGCUGAUAUAUUCCUUGUGUAAUAUCUUGGCACUUCAGAGUAAAGUAGCGUCUUUGCAAAAAUAUCAUUCCGGCACAAUGAGGAAAAUGCAGUUCACGUUGUGGACGGAGGUGACACUGCUCUUACACGUGUAUUUUCUGUUGUGAAGUACACUCACUGUCCGUUUUUAAGGUGCACUGCCAAAUGAACAACUGUUGGAUGGCGUUCAUGGAUUGGAAAUGAUAAAAUGCGCCAUACUGCUUCAUUGCUUUUAAUGUAGCCUCCAAGUUGAUAUUUGUAGACUUCAUCGAUUGAUCCAGAUUUUUUCCACUCCAAAACUUGCCAUAUCGCUUCAUUAGUGAACAUAUUUGCAAAUGUACUUGAUCGAUUUCACUGAAUUGCAAUACUCUACGUUGAUGUGUGCUUCGAACGUUUUCGAGAUUAAAGGUGAAUACGAUACAACCCAACGAUUAUCGACUUCGACAUCAUUGUUUCGUACUUUAAAGUAAUUGAUUUGAAACCAUCUUCAGUUGAUCGAUACAUUGGAUAGUCAUCAUUGCCAGGGAUUGUCUCAGCAAUUAAAUCUCUUGGGUAUCGUUUUUCAUUUCCCAUCAAAAAUGUAUGGUGAAUUUUUGUUGAGUAAUCCACAUGGACCAUGAAUCAUGUUUUUGUUGACGAUUUCUAAUAAGUAUUGAUCAGUGUUGGCAUCUGGUAUUUCUGUAAAAAUGACUUUAUCAAUUAGAUCUUGUUUGACUUUUUCGAUCAACCAAAUUAAAAUAUUUGCGUGUGGCAAUCCUCUCUUUUGACAUUUAACGGAAAACAUCCAACAGCGUGCCUGUCCAAAAACAUGAUACUUGUCCAUAAAAUCAAUCAAAGAUUUCAAUUUUUAUUUGAACAUAUCGUGACGAUCUGAUGCUGAUUGUCCAAUUAACAAAAGUUCUGGUAUUUCCACACAGGUUAAGUUGCACGUAAAGUAAUAACAAAAUCUGAGCGGCCAUAUACGCGAACCUAAUUCAUUGCAAUUUGUGCGUAUUCAUGUAUGUGACGUGGACUUCCAGAAAAUGUCGCAGGUAGCAUUGUCCCCAAAUCCAUUGGAUUCACAUUGCAAUCAUUCACAAUUGCAUCACGUGAAUGAAUGUACUCUUCGGAACGUAACUUGCUUUGAUUAAAUCGAAUGUUGAGAACUCGUUCGUCUCGAUUUUUGCAUACAUAUCAAAAAUGUAUUGAUGGAAUAAUUGUCCACAUUUCAAGAUAUCAUUGUCGGCACUAUCACGGAUCAUCAAUCCAUAUGAACAGUAUUUCAUGGUACUGAUUUUCUUAUUCGAUUCGUAAUAUGUCUGUGGAUUUCUCAAUUGUAUGUUAAAAUAAUAUACAUCUUCUCCUUGCCAAAAUAAAAUAGGAAUUGCAAUCCAUCGUAUGAGCGAUGAGUUUCUGAGACUCGCUGAACAUCGCCACUUCUGCGAUGAAGAAUUAUAUUAACUUAGUUAAAUUCUUCGCCAACUAUAACGAUCGCCACUUCAUCAAAUGUUGGUGCAUUGUAUUGUCUUUCGUAUUGGCCGACAGGCUCUAUGACCUUGUAGUCAUCAGGCGGCAUCUUUUUAAGUGCAAUUCUAAACAUUUGAAUUAAUUCGGCUUAUUACAAAAAUAACGUUUGCAAUGCAGAAACGAUUUCUCUUUUAGUGCCGUAUUGAUUUGACAACUUUGAUCGAUUUGUUCAUUAGUAUUCCACAUGAAAAAAAUGUGCAUACAUUUGUGAUCUGUGUUUGGCAUUGGCAUCAGAGAUCCUGCACGAUGAUAAAUUUGGCAUUGCACUUUAAAUAUUGGCAUGUAAUUCUCAAACACGAUGUUUGUUGCACCGAACGAUGUCAUUUCGAAACAUGAAUUGUACUUGCGUAUUUUUGCCAAUAAAUGUUUCGAUUGGCUUGUUUUACCUGAUACUAACAUUGAUAAUGGUUCCGGUGGUAAAUGUAAUUCUGGCAAUUUCACUUUCCAUCACGCGCAUCAAAUUCCCAGUGUUUCAUUCUUAAACUUGAGGGCACUGCAAUACAACAAUAAUUGAUCAAUUUUGUUCCAUUAACCACACUUGGAUGAAGACUGUAAUCAUAAUUAGCAUCGUAAUGGAAUGCAUUAAGAUUUAAUUGAGCGUGCAGUGUUUGUCUGGAUUGAGUAGUGCGUACUCUAUGGGAAUCCAGUUUGUUUCUCGUUGCUUGUUUAAGACAAACGGGUUUGAGGAAUGCGUAUUCGAGAGGUUUCUUGUCUUGCUUAUCUUUGCUUGACUGUUUAAGGAGAACUUGUUUGAGCAUUGUGUACUGGAGCAGUUUCAAAUCUAUUUUCUUGUUGCUUGAAUGUUUCCGAAGUACGUUGGGAUUUGUCUUUCGUGCUUGAGGUGUAGAAAAACCAAUAGAUUUUCGUUUGUGUGGCAUUAUUGAUUUGACAUCGAAAUUUGUUGCUCUGUGGCGAAUAUUAUAAAUGCAUGUGAGAUCUAUUCUUAGCAGUGGUUUUUCACAAUUAACACAACUUGUUAGGUCAUACACAAAAUGAUAUGUCGCUGUUUGUAUUUGAUACAAUUAACUUACAAUAUUGCUAACUUUAAUCAUUUUCACACGUUAGGCUCUUCAAUCUCAUUACACGAAAAACCUCACACACUAGGUACGUUCAUUGUUGGCAGGAGAGUUUCAGUUGUAUAGCUUCAUAUUCAAUUACAUAAAUAAUAAAUUCCAGCGUUAAAAUCACGAUAUUACCAUAGUUCAUUUCCUACGUUGUCAAGUGUGUUAUUUAAUUACUUAAGAAAACAUAGAUUCAUGUAAAAUGUCUUUACAUAACACAAAACAAUUACGAAAUUAUAAGACUCUUUUCAAAAAAUACUUUGAAUUAAAAAAAAAAAAACAACAACAUGUGUUCAAUGCCAUAUCCGAUUCUAAAAUGCAUUACAAAAUUCAAGCUGAUUUAUAAAAUUUAAAAAAAAAUACUCUCUACAAAAAAAAUGAAAAACGUGUUUUCUCUGCUUUACUACAAAUGUGUAAUUUGUUCAAGGACGGUAGGGUUGAUAGAUCCAUUUUAAAUUAUAUUGAUGAAGCUCAUUUAAGAAAACGCAACAUUUCACCAACGUUAAAUCAGAAUGGCUCAUUUAAAUAAAACGAAAAAGAAUAUUGUAAAAUGGUUGUACUAAGUUUGAAAAAUUUUGGAGUCGAUUCAUCUCCAUCCAACAUGCACUAGCUCUGCUUGAAAUUAUAGUUAUAAAACUCUUAGAAGAGAAAACGAAAUUAUGGUCACGGCCCAAACAGAAUAAUGUAAAAGGUUGGUAUAGUUUAGGAACGUUUGCGGUAGUGCGCAUUUCAAAUGAUUACGUUGUAUCACAAUCAGAUGAAUGGUUUAAAAAAGCAUACGAUAAUUAUAUAGUUAAUAAAAUAGUGUAAAAUGAAUUUUGGGUUUCCGGCCACAAACGGAAUAUAUUAGAAUUGUUUUAUUACUUGAGAAACCUACUUAAUAUGUCACACACACAAUUUAAUGUCACUAUUUGUAAUUUACUAAAAAGCUAUCCAUCCGUGCAUUAACUCAGUUUUAUCGCAAUCGCUUGAAUGGUGUAGGAGCGCAUACCGUUUGAAAUUAUAUGAAUAUAGCUCAUGUUAGAAAAAACGAACAUAGGGCCCCUGGCUCAAACUUGAUUUUUUUUAAAACGGUUGUAAUAAUUGAAGAACCUUUGUAGGCGAUUGCACAACAUCUCGCUAAAGUUUUAUCACAUUCUGAAAAAUGGUAUAGGAGCGCUUAUGGAAAUUAUUUUUUUCAAAGCUCAUAUAAGUAAAAGUAUUAAUUAGGGUCCAAUGGAUGAAAACGGACAAUUUUAAAAGUGUUGUAAUGAAAUAGUAAAAUGCACAGGCUUAUUGAUAACAACUCUCCAAAGUUAUGUCGCAAUAGCAUUAAUGGUGUAGGAGCGCAUACGGUUUGAAAAUAUGUGUAUAUAGUUUAUAUGCAAAAAAAUGAACAUUUAGGGCCCCUGGCUCAAAACAGAUUAUUUUAAACGGUUCUAAAAAUGGUUCUAAAUAUACGGUCAGACGAUACAAUUUAGUCAUUUCAGACUAGACACUUAGACAAUCUAUCUAUCUAUCUAUCUAUCUAUCUAUCUAUCUAUCUAUCUAUCUAUCUAUCUAUCUAUCUAUCUAUCUAUCUAUCUAUCUAUCUAUCUAUCUAUCUAUCUAUCUAUCUAUCUAUCUAUCUAUCAUCUAUGAAGAUCUUAAACCAUUUCUAUUUUAAAUGAAAUAUUCCCGUGUGUUAAAUGACUGGGUUGUGAUAUUCAUUUGUAUAAUUGUGUAAAUGUACCUUUGUUUUUUUAGCGGCAUUGAUUUUCUUAAUUGGUAAAAUGAGAAUACAGCAUCUCUUUUUCACAACUGUAUUAUCACUGGAUAAUUGUAUAAUUGUACACACCCCAUGUCCUAACUCCAUUACAUAUGUGCCUAAUAAGUUUAAAAGUAUUUAUCAAAUUUUUUCGGAGGCGCAUCAUAUGCUGCCUUGGGCAAAUGAAACUAUCAUAUUACUUCCCCCACCCUCACACCCCACCCCCCCCCCCCAAAAAAAAAAAUAGUAUUAAGAAAAUUAAUAUAAUCAUCUACGGUAUUUUAACCCCUUAUUUAGGCAAAAGCAAUUCGUUUUGCAUUUAAUACGCUUUGUCCAUAUUUUAAUGAGUGAUAACUGCAUUAGUGAAUGCAAUUUGGAUAUAUAGUUUCACUGCACUGAUUGCAUUUGACGGCAUUUUCGUAUUAAAAGUAUAUUUAAAGUGUUAAUUUUUACUCCUGUGUAAAUUUCAUAAAAGUAUGUUUUUGGAAAGAAUAAACGUAAAAAAUUAUUAAAUGUUAAAAAUACAAAGCUAAAGUUGCAUUUAAUUUUAAAAAUUUUAGCAAAGUUUUCUAUUAUAUGUAUUCAUUUUACUUUCAAGACGGGAAAAUACAUCAUAAGUUUUUUCACACACGGUAACAAAAUAUAUUCAAAAAACUUAGAGCUGUGGCUAAAAUAGGCGAUCAUGCUUUUACGUCAUUUGCGUAAUUAUUUAGAUCAAAUUAUUUUUUUAUUUUUAUUUCGCAAAAUUAAAUACGCAAAAAAAUACGCACUAAGAAAAACAGAUGUGUUGGGUUUUCCCGAUAAAUGUGAUUAAGAUGCAAUUCUUAUAUUAUAAUAUUUGAUUUAAACAUUUUUUCAUAACUUUUACAUUCGGAUAAAAUGCUUAUAAUAGUUCCUUAGAUGUUACUUUAAAUUUAUUUGUAAUUUAUAAUAAUACAACUUAAAAAUUUUGCUAAAAUAAAAGCGGAUUUAAAAUAUUUUUUGCGCAUUAAAAUUUAUUCGAUUUCCGUAAAUUAAUAGAAAAUAACUAUAAUUGUUUUUUUGGAAUCCGAACGUGCUUAAAAAGUUCUCCCUUUUGGCGUUAUGGGAACCUAGCUCAUUUGUGUAUAUAUAAGACAUUUUGUGUUUACAACUUUCGGAACAUUUCGUAAAUGAUAUAUGCAAACUUUUAGACAAUGACGAUAACAUACCAAAAACUCGUUAUAGAUGUAGAAAAAGGUAACUAUGCGUUUCUUUAAAUUAAAGUCACAAAUGUAUCUUUACAUAUUUUUGUUAAAUACUUUUUUUUAAAAAUAGAACUAAUGUGUAUAAAAAGUAGGUACAAUAAUUGAAAGUUAACACUUUCCCCCAAACUACUGUCUUUUGUUUUGUAUCUAAAUGUGGGAAUUAAUUUUAAAUUUAAACCUUAAUUUAGCAAUAUUGAUGAAAAAAUUUUGUUAUGUUGAACACUAACCUGCUGUGAUAAUUAUAAAUUAAGUUUUGCAUUAUAAAAUAAUUAUUUUAGGGGAUGGGGCGCUGAAUAGUGUAACUAUUCGAGGCAAACGGGAGCCAAAACCGAUAAUACUUAUUCAAAUCUGGGAUACAAAUUGAACUAGAAUAUGUUAGUACUGAUACAAAAAUUACGAACAUUUUAAUAAUUUUUUUCUUAUUCAUUUUGAAUCUCUAGUUAUCUUACAAGAAUAAGAAUACACAUGCCUUGUUUGCAAAGUGUGCUACUUAUGCUUUUAGCAUAUUAUGGUGAGUACAAUUAUUUUGUUUUACUAUUUCAUCUGGUAAAACAGCAUUUAUUUAUAUAUAAAUAUAUUCCAUUUUGAGCUCUUUAUAAAUCGAAUGUGUACAUAAAGCGAUUGUGGAUUUCCUCCCUAAAUUUCAAUCUAUCUUUUUCUAGUUAAUAUUUUUCAUAGAACAUGUAUCAAAAAUGAUUAACUUGAUGUUGGGACUAAAACCACAUUUUACCUUUUAGAUUAUACCAUUAGACGUUUUCUUAUUUGACAUUAAAAUUUAAUAGCUAUCAAAGAUUGUUUUGAAAGUAAUUAUAUGAAAUGAAAAAAAUUAAAAUUCUUAAACUGUAUAAAUCCAAUUCAUUAUUACUCAAGACACUGUCGUAUACACUUCUAUGGGCAAAUUGUUUCUUUAGUAACGUUAAGGGUUGUAAUAUAUAUAUAUAUAUAUAUAUAUAUAAACAUUGAAAUGAAACAUUUUUUACAACUGUGUUAUUUUAAAUGUUCAAGUCGGAAAGAAAAUGUCUACAAUUUUUCAAAUUAUAUUAACAAAACAUUUGAAAUUGGAAAUAAGAAUUUGGCUUAACAUAAAAAUAAUAAGAACAUAAUGUAUUAUUUUUCAUGAAACGUGCAAUUUGGAUGUUUCUUUAUUUCAUAUAAUAUUGAUACAAACGAAAUCUUAUGAAAACUUUUACACAGCUAUUGCGAAAAACUUCUCUGGGAUCAGCUACAGUUUAGCGUGUAUCCCGUAUUUUAUUAUGCAGUUUUUUCUUUUUAUUUUGAAAAUACUUUAAUAUUACUUGUGAUAUCCCAGGCUGUCUUUCAAAUUACUAGUUAUUUUGUGCACAAAAAAAAAAAAUAGUUGAGCUCUUUUCUUUUUGAGAAAUAAGCUAAUCGUGUAAAAACAUUAUAUUGCAAAACAAAUUAAAUUUGUUGUUGUAACUGUGCAUUCUUGCCUUACAGUAAUGUUAAAGAAACCCUGAGCAGUUAACAGUUUACGCCUAUUUCUUCUUCAGUGCAACAAAAUAACGAUUCCAUUCAAGUUUACAUCAUACAUUUAUUUUAUAAUGGGUUUCCCCCUGCUUGUCUUGAUAUUAUACUUCCAACCCCCAGACCCUCCAAAAAAAAUAAUAAUAAAAAAUAAAACAAUGUUCUCUUUUCACAUUAUGUAAUUAUAGCUCCGUUUUAUCAACGUAUACUAGAUAUAAAUCAAAAGAAAAUCAAAAUUAUUACAAGCAGUGAUGAAAUGUAUUGAAUUUCUGAUACUCGAAUAUCACAAACACGAGAGAUGUUUAUAUAUUUAUUAGCCAACUAGCGAGUACCCGCUUUCCUUGCAAUGCAAAUCGAACAAAGAAAUUAGUUUCAUUUUAAUUAUGUUUCUUAUAGAGCUUUUAAAUACACAUUUUUUUAUUUUUGUUUCCGUCUAGUGCAUACACAAAUCAAUCAAAAGGUUUUCCAAAGUGAGAGCAGGAUACAUAUAGCUAUCCAUGGAAGAAGCAUGGGUUUUCCAAAUUUAGUCUGCAAACCUGCAGCUAUUGUCCCUGUGCGUUAUAGAAAGUCAUUGCAAACGCGGGUCGCACAGGAAAGCGCAGACGCUUGAAAUCCAAUGGAAUAUCUGUUGGAAUCAUUGGGAUGCCUGGCAAAACUAUAUCUUCUCCUUUAAUUUUACAUUUAAAAAGUAGAUUUGAUGGUAUUUUUUUAUCAUAUUUUCCCCGGAAACUUUUUAACGUUGUAAAAUCGUGGUGGAUUUAUGUUUCGUUAAAGAAUAAUAGACACGCCAAUUUUCAGUGUUAAAACUUGCGAUGAAAUGCCUAGCAAAUCAAGUGAGUGGAUAAUUAACAACUUCUUCUUAAUUCAAUACAGUAUCGAUGGACUUAUGCGUUGUCCAUUUUUUGACUGGGAUUUCAUUUUUAAUGCUUAAUGUGAUGGCAUUGACAUGGCUUUAUUUUUGCUGCUGAUAUAGCACGUGCAGUGCGCCACUGAUGAUUUUUGUAUUAUUGUACGAUUUUUGGAAAAACUUUUUAAAUCAAUUCGUUAAUGUUUGCUUUGAUUUUGCAGAAGCGUUUUGGUUACAUUUUGUUGAUUCAUAAAAUGCCAUUUUCCCUUUCCCAAUGUUCAACAAUUGUUUUGCAAAGAGUUCAGCGGAUGAUUCAUUAUGCAGUUGUACACGCAUAGUGGUCUUCAAAGUCAAUUUCUGUAAAUGUCACCAUAAACUGAUGAUUUGAGACAUGCAUUUAAUUUAUUCAGCAGCUGUUGAGGCGACAAUCCAAAAGAGUUGCUGCAAUUCCAGAUGAUCUGAUAGCCAGAGCAAUAUUUUUUUUUCAAAUUACGAAAGUUUUUCCUGUGCCUCCAGGCGGAUCUAGGAAAUAUAGUCCAACACUUUGUCUGGUAAUUGCAUGCAUAAUUCUAUAAUACAAUAUGAGUUGUUCUGGGGCCAAAUUCGGAAGAUUCAUCUAAACAAAUAUACCUAAUUCUUCGAUGUCAAAAAGCGUUUCUCGUUGCAAAUCAGGAUUAAAAAGCUUGUUGGCAGAUCGAUUAGCAGAACUCAUUCCCAAUUCUACCAGUACUUUGUUAGAGAUUGCCAAACACAUGUCCUCAAUUUAAACCGAUGCCUCGUUAUACACGUCUGGUGUAAAUUUAAUGUCCGGAUUUUGAUUCGUUGCAAGCAAAUGAUGUAGGAUGUCUUCACUCAUGACGUCUUUGUAUUUCUCACAAAGAUCUUUUGGAUUGGAUGUGUUAUCAAGUUGUCAAUAUGAUUGCAAACAAAGUACGUAUUUGCUGGGGUUGAGCAAUAUUCGAUGCAUCAGAUAGCGAAGUAUCCCAAUGAGCAUCGUUAUCCAAAAGUUUUAAUUCUUUGCAAGCUUUUUGAUAAGUGGCACAUACUUGACCGUUUAAUGUUCUCAGUUCUUGGAAGGAUUUUGGUCACCGUACGUUGAUUAACAGUAAUCGCAAGUAAAAGCAUUCUGCAUUGUUUGAGUGAGAAGUGUACAGACGGCCUAAUGCGUCAGCCGAAUAUAAAUUGGUUGUCGUUCAAAUGCUUUACCCUGUUUGUGACUUAGAAAACUUUUUGCUCUUGCAUUCCAUGUGUAAUAUGUUGGCACUUCAGAGUAAAGUAGCGUCUUUUCAAAAAUAUCAUUCCGGCAAAUGAGAAAAAUGCAGGUAACGUUGUUAACGGAGGUGACACUGCUCUUACACGUGCAUUUUCUGUUGUAAAGUACACUCGCUGUCCGUUUUCAAGGUGCUUUGCCAAAUGAACAACUGUUGGAUGGCGUUCAUGGAUGGAAAUGAUAAAAUGCGCCAUACUGCUUCAUUGCUAUUAAUGUAGCCUCCAAGUUGAUAUUGGUAGACUUAAUCGAAUGAUCCAGAUUUUUUUCCACUCCAAAACCUGCCAUAUCGCUUCGUUAGUGAACAUAUUUGCAAAUGUGCUUGAUCGAUUUCACCGAAUUGCAAUACUCUACAUUGAUGUGUGCUUCGAAAGUUUUCGAGAUUAACGGUGAAUACGUUACAACCCAAUGAUUAUCCACUUCGACAUUAUUGUUUCGUACUUUUAAAGUAAUUGAUUUGCCACCAUCUUCAGUUGAUCGUCGACAAUACAUUGGAUAGCCAUUAUUGCCAGUGAUAGUCUCAGCACUUAAAUCUCUUGGGUCUCGUUUUGUGCAGUUCCCAUGAGACAUGUAUGGUGAAUUUUUUUUGAUUAAUCCACAUGGACCGGGAAUCAUGUUUUUGGUGACGAUUUCUAAUAAGUAUUGAUCAAUGUUGGCAUCUGCUAUUUCUGCAGAAAUGACUUUAUCAUUUUGAUCUGUUUUGACUUUUUUGAUCAACCAAAUUAAAAUGUGUGCAUGUGGCAAUCCUCUAUUUGCCAUUUAACCGAAUACUUCCAACAGCGUGCAUCUCCAAAAACAUGAUACUUGACAAUAAAAUAUAUCAAAGAUUUGAAUUUUUGUUUGAACACACACGCACUAAUAACGUGACGAACUGAUGCUGAUUGUCCCGUUAAGGAAAGUUCUUGUAUUUCCCCCCACGUAGGGUUAUACGUAAAUAAAAUAAAAAACUUUGGUGGCAAUAUACGCGAACAUGUGUCAUUGCAUCUUAUCCGUAUUAAUGCAUGUGACGUCGACUUCCAGUAAAUGUCGCUGGUUGUACAACCAUUUUCCCCAAUUCAUUUGGAUUCACAUUGCAAUCAUUCACAAUUCCAUCACGUAAAUGAAUGUACUCUUCGGAACGUAACUUGCUUUGAUUUAAUCGAAUGUAGAGGUGUCGUUCGGUUUAGAUUUUCGCAAACAUAUCAAAAAGGUAUUGAUGGAAAAAUUGUCGACAUUUCAAGAUAUGAUUUUCGGCAUUCUCACGGAUCAUCAAUCGAUGUGAAUAGUAUUUCAUGGAACUGAACUUCUUAUUCGAUUCCUUAUAUGUCUGUUGAUUUCUCGAUUGUAUGUUAAAAUUAUAUCCAUCUUCUCCUUGCCAAAAUAAAAUAGGAUAUUGCAAUCUAUCGUAUGAGCGAUGAGUUUCUGAGACUCGCUGAACAUGGCAUUUCUGCAAUGAAGAAUCAUAUCAUGUGAGUUAAAUUCUUCGCCAACAAUAACUAUCGCCACUUCAUCAAUUGUUUGUUCAUUGUUUUGUCUUUCGUGUUUGCUGACAGUUUUUUGUCUGCUCUAGCUAUUACUUUGUAGUCAUCAGUCGGCAUCUUUUCAAGUGCAAUUCUAAACAUUUGAAUUAAUUCGUUGUGUUGAAAAGUUAACGUUUGCAAUUCAGCAACGAUUUGUCGUUUAUUUUUUUAUUUAUUUAUUUAGGCAUUUUUAUAUAGCGCUUAUCAUAAAGCUCUAAGCGCUUUACAAUUAUUAAAACAUGUAAAAUAAGUAAAUACAAAUGAGACACUAGGGUAGUAACUACUAUUCUAUAGAAACAAUGAAAAUGGCUAUAAAAAGAUGACACUUUGACACUUAGGGAUUAAACCGAAACAGAAAAUUAGGUAUGGCAAGGAGGGUGCAUCACAGGUCAUAGGCGGACCUAAACAGAUGAGUUUUAAGGGACUUUUUGAAAAUGGACGAGGUUUCACUAUGACGUAUAUGGAAGGGGAGCUGGUUCCAGAACGUGGGCCCAUGGAAGCAGAAGGAGCGUUCACCGAUGGUCUUAGUUUUAGUUCUUGGGAUUGAGAGGGUUCUACUGUCAAUGGAAGAACGUAGUUGUCUUGUGGGGAUGUAAGGAAGCAACAGUUCAGAGAGAUAGACAGGAAAGUGAGGGUCAGUGAACGAGUUGAAGCAAAGAUUGGCAGACUUGUAUUUGAUGCGAGAGGAUAUUGGAAGCCAGUGGAGUUGCCGCAUGUGUGGUUGAAUGUGGUCAUGUUUCUUUGAUUUAAAAAUGAGUCUGCAUGCUGAGUUCUGUGCCUUCUGAAGUUUUUCUAUGUGGUGUUGAGGAAUGCCUGAGAGAAGAAUGUUACAGUAGUCAAAUUUUGAAAGAAUGAGUGAAGAGACCAGAGUUUUUGUGGCAUCAAAUGAGAGGAGGUGUCUAAUGGUGCUGAUUUUUCUAAUUUCGUUAUAUGCUGAUCUGCAUAUAUUCGUGACAUGUUUGUCCAUAGAGGGGGUGUCCAUAAGCGUCACUCCAAGGUUUCUGGCAGAGGGAGAGAGUGUGAUGUCAGAGUUGCCAAUAGAUAUAGAAGAAGGAGCGAAUAGAGGGAGACGUUUGUUUUGAGAGUGGAUGAGAAGGAUUUCCGUUUUAUCAUCAUUUAGCUUCAGUUUGUUGCAAGUCAUCCAACGCUUUACAUCGUCCACGCACUCCUGUAUGCGAAGAAUUGUGGCAUCAAGUUGAUCAGGAAAGCAAGAGUCACUGAUUUGAGUGUCAUCAGCAAAGGAUUGACUGGAAACUGAGUGGUGGCUAAUGAGAGAUGAUAGAGGUUUAGUGUAGAGGAUGAAAAGGACCGGCCCAAGGACCAAUCCUUGAGGAACUCCAAUAGACAGGGCUGAAGGUUUGGAAGAGCUUAGUGCUUGUAUCGAUAUUACAACGUUGAUCAAUUGUUUCAUCAGUAUUCCCUAUGAAAUCAAUUUGAAGAAAUUAGUGAUCUGUGUUUGGCAUUGGCAUCAGAGAUCCUGCACGAUAAUAAAUUUGGCCUUGCACUUUAAAUGUUGGCAUUUAAUUCUCGCACACAAUAUUUGUUGCACCGAACGAUGUCAUUUGGAAACAUGAAUUGCACUUGCGUAUUUUUGCCAAGAAAUGUUUCUAUUGGCUUGUGUCACCUGAUACCAACGUUGAUAAUGGUUCCGGUGGUGAAUGUAAUUCUGUCAAUUUUACUUUCCCAAACGCGCAGCAAUUUCCAGUGUUUUUUAUUCUUAAAUUUGAGGGCACUGCAAUGCACGCAUAAUUUAUCUAUCCAUUUUUCCAAUAACCACACUUGGAUGAAGACUUUAAUAAUAAUUACCAUCGUUAUGGAAUCCACUAAGUUUAAUUCAGCAUGCAGUGUUCGUCUAAUCGAGCAGUGCGCACUCUAUCGUCAUACAGUCUUGUUUCUGGCUGCUGAAAUGUUUCAGACAAACGUGUUUGAGCAUUGGGUACUCCAGUGGUUUCUUGUCUUGCUUUCUUAUGCUCGACUGUAUCAGAUGAACGAGUUUGAGCAUUGCGUACUCGAGCAGUUUCUUGUCUUGCUUGUUGUUGCUCGACUUAUUCAGAUGAACGGGUUUGCGCAUUGCGUACUGGAGAAGUUUACAAUCCUGCUUCUCAUUGCUCAAAUAUUUCCGAAGCGCGUGAUGAUUUUUUCUUUCGUGCUAUAGGUGUAGAAAAAAACAAUAUCUUUUCGUUUGGGUGGCAUAAUUGAUUUUACAGUGAAGUGAUUGCUUUGUGGCGAAUAUCUCAAAUGCAUGUGAUAUCUGUUCUUAGAAUGGUAUUUCACAAUUAACACAACUUUUUAGGUUACACUCAAAAUGAAAUAUUGCUGUUUGUAUUUGAUUCAAUUAAUUUACAAUAUUGCUAGCUGUAAUAAUUUUCACAUAAUAGGAUCUUCCAUCUUAUUAUACUAAAACCUCGCACAAAAGGUACGUUCAUUGUUGGCAACAAAAAACGCAACAUGUGUUCAACGUCAUGUCCGAUUCUAAAAUGCGUCACAAAAUUCAAGCUUAUUUAUAAAAAUAACCAAAAUACUCUUAACACUAAAAAUGCAAAAAACGUGUUUUCUCUGCUUUACUACAAAUGAGUCAUUUGUUCCAGGACGGUAGUGUUGAUAGCCCCGUUUUAAAUUAUAUUGAUGACGCUAAUUUAAGAAAAUGAAAAGGAAUAUUUUAAAAUGGCUGUCCUAAUUUAGACAAAUUUGUGUGUGGAUUCAGCUCCAUCCACACAUGCAAUAGCUUUGUUUGAAAUUUUUGUUAUAAAGCUCUUAGAAGAAAAAUGAAAUUUUGGUCACUGGCCCAGAGUAUUGUAAAAAGUUUUUAUAAUUUAGAAACAUUUGCGGUAGUGCGUAUUUCAAUUUAUUACGUUUUGUCACAAUCGGAUGAAUGGUUUAGAAAUGCAAAAAAUAAUUAUAUAGUUAAUAAAAGAGUAUAAAACUAAUUUUGGGCCCCCUGCCACAAACGGAUUAUUGUAGAAUUGUUGUAUUAACUAGAAACCUACUUAAUAUGUCACACACACAAUUUAAUGUUAUGAUGUUUAAUUUUUUAUAAAGCUAUCCAUCUAUGUAUUAGCUUAGGUUUAUCCCAAUCGCUUGAAUGGUGUAGGAGCGCAUACAGUUUGAAAUAAUAUGUAUAUAGCUAAUAUUAAAAAAAACGAACAUAGGGCGCCUGGCUUAAACUUGAUUUUUUUAAAACGGUUGUAAUAAUUUAAGAACCUUUGUUGGCGAUUGCACAACAUCUCGCUAUAAUUUUAUCGCAUUCUGAAGAAUGGUUUGGAAGCGCAUACGGCAUUUUUUUUUACAACGCUCAUAUAAGUAAAAAUAUUAAUUUGGGUCCAACUGCUGAAAACGGAAUAUUUUAAAAGUGUUGUAAAAAAUGAGAAAAUGCAAGGCUUAUUGACAACAAGUCACUAAAGUUUUGUCGCAAUCGCAUUAAUAGUGUACGAGCGCAUACGGUUUGAAAAUAUGUGUAUAUACUUUAUAUAAGAAGAAAACGAACAUAGGGCCCCUAGCUCAAAACAUAAUAUUUUGAAACUGUUCUAAUAAUUCAAAAACCUUUGCAGUCGUGUUGACGGAAACCUCUCACCAAUGUUUAAUGUAAUGGGAUAAAUGGCGUAGGAGCGUAUUGAAAAUUAUUUUUUACAAAACUCAUAUGAGAAAAAGUACGAAUUAAGGGCCAACGGCUGAACACGGAAUAUUAUUAAAAUGUUUAAAUAACAAAGUCAAAUGCUAAACUUAUGGAAAACAAAUCCCCAAAGUUAUGUUGCAAUCGCAUAAAUGGUGCAGGAGCGCAUACUGUUUUGAAAUAUAUUUUUAUACAGCUCAUAUAAGGAAAAUACAACAUAGAGAACCCGGCUCCAAACUGAAUAUUUUAAACGGUUGUAGUAAUUUAGAAACCUUUACGGACAUGCUCGCAACAUCUCACCAAAGUUUUAUUGGAAUCGGAUAAAUGGCAUAGGAGUGCAAAUGGAACUAUUUUUUUACAAAGCUCAUAUUUGAAAAAAACAAAUAAACGGCCAAUGGCUAAAAAAGAAACAUUUUAUAAUGGUCCUAAUCGCUUAGUUAAAUGGCCGCUUAUGUGACAAACAACUGGUCAAAGUUUUUUUGCAAUGGCAUGAAUGGCGUAGGAGCGCAUACGAGACAUACAAAGAUACAUACAGACAUUCAUUUAUAUAUAUAUAUAGAUAAAACUCGCGUUCCCCGGAACUGCCUCCCGAUUCCAUUGGUAUCCAUAUCCAGUCUGUAUCAAAAUCCAUAAUCCUUUGAAAUCACAAUUAAUAAUAAUAAUAAUUAAGUGUAUUUCAAAAACACGCUUCAUCCCCAAAGGCUCGAAGCACAGUACAAGAGUAAAAGAAAAAAAAAAUCUAUAAUUUACCACAUUUAAAACAAACGCAACUUUACAAAAACUAAUUACAAACAUACCAAGUCAAAGUCUUUCUAGCCAUUUCAACCCUGAGCAACACAGCUAAUAUGCAUUAACUGGAAAAUAUGGUAGACAAUAAUCCCAGAAGGUGUUUGCGAAAUAAAUGUGUCUUUAAAUCGGUUUUAAAUCACUCCAGUGUCUGAUUGUUUCUGAGAUCGACUGGAAGGGCGUUCCAAAUUGUUGGACCAGCAAAUACCAAAGUGCGCUUUCCGCAAGUCUCAAGGCGAAGACGUGGUGUCAAGAGUUUGCCACUGUCGGAUGAGUGGAGUUAUCUAGUGGGUACAUAAGGCGUCAGCAGCUCUUUCAGACAGGACGGCGCAAGGUCAUGUAAGCAGUGGUAGCACAACGUUGCGACUGUGUACUCUAUGCGAGCACGCACCGGCAGCCAGUGCAACACUCUCAGAAGUGUUUUUGCAUUGUCGAACUUGCGUUUGCGGAGAACAAUUCGAGUCGCAUUAUUCUGUGCUAUUUGAAUUUUAUCCAGGAGCGUAACUGGAAGACCCACCAUGAGAGCAUUACAAUAGUCCAUGCGUGAUAGCACAAAUGCAGACAACAACCUCUUUGUUGCAUCAAUUGUUAGGAAGGGCCUGAUGUUACUUAUCCUGCGUAGCUCUAGAAAAAUAGCCUUGCUUAGCAUGUUAAUGUGACUUUCCAAGGUUAGUCUUCUGUCUAGGUAGACACCCAGGUACCACACUAUUUGAGCUAACUCAAUACGCACACAUGAGAGAGUAAUUGAUGUCGUGUUAUUUGAAGAUUUUUGCUUCUGAGCGGUCGCGAUGGGGAGCAGCUCAGUCUUAUCAUCGUUCAAUUUGAGCUUUUUUAUGGUCAUCCAGAGCUUAACUGAUUUAUCUGUCUUCUGUGUCAUACUGAGCAGCUGAGGGAACUUAGAGGGGAUCACGGAUUGAUGAAGUUGGGUGUCGUCUGCGAACAUGUGGUAUUGCAUGUCAAACUGAUUGAUCUCUGCACCCAGGGGCUGAAUGUACAUUGUGAAAAGCACCGGACUUAGGACCGAACCCUGGGGUACUCCGAAUUCAAUAUUAGAUUUCUUCGAAAUUAAACCGUUUGAAAUAACUGACUGGACCCGAUAAGUCAGAUAUGAUCGGAACCAACUCAGGACGGUAUCAAUGAGACCGAACGUUUUUUGCAGACGCUGGAGCAGUAUGCCGUGAUCAAGCGUAUCGAAAGCUGCCGAUAUAUCGAGUAAAGACAAAUUCGAUACCUGACCCUCAUCACAAGACGACAGAAGGUCGUUUACGACGCGCAACAGGGCUGUCUCAGUAGAGUUAUGCGCCCUGUAUGCUGACUGGAAAGUUUCAAACAAUUCAUAUUGAAUGAGGUGAUCCAGGAGUUGGCGGAGAACGACUUUUUCUAAUAUUUUGGAUAAAAAUGGUAGAUUUGAGCUGGGGUGAUAAUUUCCCAUCACAUUUGGGUAAAGAUUUAAUUUCUGUAAUAGUGGAGUGACGUUCGCCACUAAUUACGAUGGGAUCCCGAUCCCGAUUUGCAUCCUGCUCCAAAAAUUGGACUCGUGGGGAUGCCGACCCAUUGGGAUUCUGAUGCCGAUUAUAAUCCCUUUUACUAAUGGGAUCCCUUUUCCAAAAUCGAUCCGAAAUCCUAAUUGGAUUAUGACCCCUAUGGAAUCCCGACCUAAUUGUGAUACAGAUAGGAACUUAUUUCUAAGUAGGAUACAAAGUUCCAAUUGGAUCCCGUUUUUAUUGGGAUACGGAUCAAAUUAGGAUCCUUAUGGUGUCCAUUUUUCCGUUGGGAUCCCGAUCUCGAUAGUAUCCCGUUUUAAAUCUGUUGGGAUCCAAUUUCUGACAGAAUCACGAUCAAGUCGGUAUACUGAUCCCGGUGAUAUCUAGAUACCAGUUGAAUCCUGAACGAAGUGUGAUUCAUAUCCCAGUUGACCUUAUUACCCUAGGGUUCAUGAUCCCAAUAAUAUACCGAUCCCUGUCAAAUCCUGAUUCCGGGAUGAUAAAGUUUUCCGAUAAGUUCCCAAUCAAGCUUGGAUUCCAAUCGUAUGGGAUCUCGAUCCCGAACUAUUCCGAUCCCGGUGGUAUCAAGAUCACAGUAGACACGAGCUUUGCAAUAGAAUACCAAUCCAUGUGGUAUUCUCUUUUCUGAUAAGAUCUUCUUUCCCAAUAGCAUGUCAAUCCAGGUUUGAUCCUGACAUGCGAUGGGAUCGCUUUACAGGUUUGUUCAAUUUACGAAAAACGAAAUUUGGCCCCAGAGGAAUGGACAUGAUGAGUUAAGUACCUUACAGGAUUAGAAUAUUUCUAAUCAAGAGCAUGUGCACUAAGUUGGAUCACGAUCCAUGUAUUCAUGUAAGAGUGAUUGUUAACUUUAUUUGUAAAACUCACAUAAGGAAAAAACGAAUUUUUCUGCCUCCACUCCAAAUAAAAUGUUAUAAAAAGUUUAUUAAAGCAUUAAGAAUUCCUUCUAGAUGAUGAUAUAUUUAUUUGCCAUGUCUGGUCAAGAUUUAUCAAUCCAUAUAAAAAAAAAACCUUUGCGGAACAAACAAACAAAUAAACAAACAAACUUUCAAUUUUAUAUAUGAUACAAGCCAAUAUACUCGGCGUGACCCAGGACUGCAUUAGGACCCCAUCCACAUUGUAUUCCCAAUCCAAUUCUGACACUGAUCCCAGCACCAUCCCGUUUACCGAUGUGUUUCCGUUCCACCAAAGGACCACCUUUUUCAUUGUUUUUUCCGUUUCCCGAUAGAAUCCCGAUCCCAGUUUGAUCCCGUUACCCAAUGGGACCGCAUUACUAAUGGGUUCCAGUCUACUUUUGUAUCUUGAUCCUAAUUAAGAUGAUAUGCAUCUAGCGGAUCAUGCUCAGUGCGAUUUAUUUCUAACAAGCUUCUGUAUACAUAUAUAUAUCCCCUUAGAGCAAUAUAUAACCUUCUAUAACAUUCUAGAUUGAAUUUACAAUCCUUCAAGAAAUGGGUAAAAAUUACUUGUCUACGUAAUUAUUUCUCGAAUGCAAAAUAUUAUACAACUUAGUUAUACUACUAUAAUUAUAAUACAUUUAAAUUGAAAUAGGGGCCCCUGUUAGCGCAGAUUUAAAGUUCCGUUUUAGUCAUGUCUGAGAUGGGGGGAGGGGGAUAUCAAAUUCAUUCAGAUAAAUUAUAAAGUAAAAAUUUUAAUUUUAUCCCAUUAAAAUCGAUUUAAAAAUGCCAUAAAUAUAGCUUUUUAAAUUAUUGAAAAUUCUGAAUGGGAUAUUAUUAGUUUUAAAUCCACCGAUAUUUCAUUACAGACUAAGAAGCGUAAUGAACAAAGCUAGGCUUAGAUUUAUAAAUUGACAUAAAACUUAUACCGUUGUCUAACCCUUUUGAUAUUUAUACAGCUUAUAAAAGGAAAAAUGAACUGGGGCCACAGAGAAAUGGAUAUUAUUAUUUCAGUACCCUUCGAUAUUUGAAUAUGAAUGAUCAUGUGUAUGUGUAAGAAGUUUGGUAAAAAUCAAUCCAUUUAUGUAGGAGUAUUAAGCCACUUGAUAUUUAAAUAGCUUACGAAAGGAAAAAUGAAAUGGGUCCCCCGUGCCCAGAAGAAUGUAUAUUAUGAGUUCAGUACCCUUCGUUAUUUGAAUAUUGAUAAUCAAGUGUAUAUGUUCUAAGUUUGGUCAAGAUUCAUUAAUUCAUGUAAGAGUAUUUGUUUAGUAAUUUUAUUUAUAUAGCUUAUAUGGAAAAAAAACAAAUCGGGGUCCGCGGCCCCAAACGGAAGUUAUAAAAAGUUCAUAAACCCUUCUUCCUUCAGAAUAAUGAUAUGAGCCAAGUUUUGUAAAGAUCCAUCAAUUAAGGUAAAAGCCUUUAUAAAACAAACAGACAGUCAAAUAAAUUUGUACUUUUAUAUAAAUAAUAAAUAUAUAGAAUAUGAUAUGAUAUAUGUAUGUUACAGGCAAUAUGAAUAAUAGGGCAUUAAUCAUAAUGCCCGGGCAAUUUAAAAAAGUGCCCAAUGGGAUGUGACAAAAUGAUAAGUGUUAUAGCAAAUAUUACAUUGCCGGGCAUUAUGAAUAAUGCUGGAAAUCGAGUGGGCAAUUUGAGAAUUGUUGUUAUUCAUAUUCAUAGUUCUCUACAAAUAAAAAAAAAUAUUAGUAUAUUAUAUAUUCAAACACAUUUUAAAUAACUAUCAAAUAAAUAAAGAUACAAACUAGUGGUGAUAAAAAAAUAAUAAAAAAUGAGUACGCCUACCUAAACAAAAAUAUUAGGUAUGUAAUUAAAAAUACAUAUACACAAAAUGUCAAAUUCUAGGGUUUCCAUUUAGCAGAGCAACUUCCACUUUGGUGACUUUCGAGUUACAUUCUUUUUUUUUUUACAGCCCUUCACUUGUUAGUUUAAAAGCCACAUUUACAGCGCAUCGACUAUAGCAUUCGCUCCUGUCUUGGAUGACAUUCAUGCACAUUCUCUUAGUGAAAUCUCUGACUGAAGAAUUUCAUCUGCAUAAAUAACCUUUUAAUUACAUAUUGUAAAUGGCUCCUAGCAUAAAGUUGAUUUAGUAUUCCAUGUUUCGUGCCUAAUUUAUAAAGAUUGGCAUCUAUUAGUUCAAGAACAAAUGCCAAAAUAUUUCUUCCAUCAGUGCGACUUCUGUCGACAUCUGGGACUUGAACUCUAACUGUGUCAUCCUUUUUAGCGGCAGAAUAUUUUGCUUUAAAGGUUUGAAGCAAUUUUUCAGCAAAGUUGAAGGUGGAACAUAACUAUCAAUAGAAGAUAGUUCCUCCUCGUUAUGUUGACUUGGACCUAGCUCGUCUAAAGAAUUUGACCCUGGUUCAUUUUGCGGUGACCCUUCUUCUACAGACUGUAUAACGUUUUGAUCAUUUUCUAUUACUUCUGCUUUUAUUGUCUUCCAGCCACGAGCAAAGCAUAUUUUCUACUUUAGUAUUCGCACGUUCUACUGAGCCCUGACUUUCAAAGUGUCUGGGCUCUCAAUGUACUAUUUUUAACUUGGGCCACUUUUUACAUAGUUCAUUAAUAGUACUGUUCGCAAAUUCUCCCCUAUUAUCACUUUGCAAAAUAGUAGGCGCACCAAAAAUGGUAAAUAUGUCAAAAAUCACAUAAGCUACUUCUUCUGCUCUUUUGCUUUUAAGGGGUAAAAGUUGAAUAAAUUUAGUUAAAUGUAAUACAUUAUCCUAGAUUGUCGUAGAAAAAUAGAAAAUUAUUAAAUUGCCUGAUUUUAUCGGUCAUUAUUCAUAAUCAACAAGCAUUAUGAAAAAUGCCCUAUUAUUCACAUUGCCCGUAACAUAUAUGAUAUAUGAUAUGAUAAACGACGCAAAUCAUCGUGAAUCAGCUCAAUUUCAAUUUUAAUAAUAUUUAAAAAAAAAACUUUAAAAAAAUAAAACUGAAAAAAAUAAAGUAUUCCUUUCAGAAUAUUGUCUUCUUGGUUCAUUUAUAUGUGACGUCUCUUUUUAACGUCAAUCAUCAGCAACUCCACAUACAAUUUUUUGUGAUUAAUAUAAGAAAAUCACAAUGACUAACAUUUUUUCGUGUGGAUAUCUAUUUAAAAAUGACGUAUUUUUCUUUGAUAAGCACCGUGUGUCUUUUUCCGAUCUACCAUUUCAGUUCAAAUGAAAGUCCACGUAACAGAAAUUUCAAAGCAUGUAAAUCUGCGCGACAUGAUACUGUUUUAACUCGAAAUAAAGUUUUAACCGUCUUUUUUAAGACUCAAAGACAACCAUUUACAUAUAUUAAAAUACAUUUUAAAAAAGACGUUGAUAAAAUUAUUAGAUUACUGAUUAAAUAGCGUUUUAUUAUUGUCAACAUAUUAUAUAAAAUGUAAGUGUAAAAGUAAAAUGUUAAAAAUGUUGAAAGGAAUGUUCUGAAACCACGCCCUGAAGCGCAACCCCACCCCUAAAAAAAAAAUAUGAAUCAACAACUUGCCAAUGUAUAGAAAUGCUCAAUAUAUGUCUACAUACAUUUUUUAUAAAAUCACACCCCAAAGCCAUUUGGGAAUGCAACUUUCACCUCAAAUGUAUAUGUACACUUGAAACACUUUUCUUUGUUCAUGAUUUUAUGAAAGCCAUUGCCGGAUUAAGACUUGUGAGGCACUAAGCAGUGAAAAUUUUGCAUCCCUCUGGGACGACACUUAUGAAAGUUAAAGAGAGGCCUAUUCCCAAGCUGUUCACCCUGGGUAGCAUUCAGUAAAUUUACUAAAAAAGCAAACCCUACCCGAGAAUAUCCAUAUCAUUUCCUUGGAAUUCAAUUCAAGUAUUUGUUAAUUUUCAAUACUGAUAAAUAAAAUGUAUUUGUUUCGUAUGCUUAUUUGUCAUUUCUUAACUGUUAAAAUUUACCGACAAAAACAUGUUUCGUUUAUCUCUUGUGGCUGUCAUCAAAAAUAUUCUCUUUAAAAUAUAAUUUUAUGACGUGAACGUUAUUAGAGAAAAUGUCGUUUAGUUAGCUUCAUUAUAUAUUUUAUAUUUAUAUUUCAAUUCGAUAAGUUGAUAUGAUAAAAAUCUCCAUUCGAAAUAUACAAUAAUUCAAUACAAACCUGCUCAUGAUAAAAUCCCAACCCCAAAUAUAUUGAAAAAGUGAUGGACCUUUUAUGAACGGCUCCUGAAUCUAUACUGCGAUAAAGCUUUUAAGUAAUAUAAUGAAACAUAAGUUGAGUAUAUACAAGCUUAUUAGUAAUUUUCCAAAAAUCAAAGAAAAGUUUAAAUUUUACGUCUCAGCUACUCAAGCGUUCAUCCACUGCUGUGCAAACCAAUCCAAGAGGAGUUCCUUUCCGAAUCCGAAGUAGAAAACCGUUAUCCUGUCACGUGUAAUCUGGCAUUCUUUCUUACAACAUAACAAAUAACAUUAAUGUGUGAGUGGGCAGCCCAAAAAUUUGAAAACUUGCCAUAACAUGGCAAUGAAUGUCAUGAACUCUUUCACUAGUUACAAAUUUCCUUCACCCACUCCUCUUUAAGAAGAAUCACUGUGAACUUACUUUUUUUUUUCUUUCGUCAAAAUUAGCUUGUAUUAAAUCUCUCCCCUAUUUCUGUUCUGUUACAUUUCCCUCUGUGAUAAUACUUGCAGCCCAGUGUUUUUUUAAAUUGUAUACAUUUUGAUUGAUGUGUUUUCACUGAUGAAGGCUUCUAGCGAAAACGUUCUUUGUUUUGUUGCGUGCUUUUUUAAAGUUUUCCCAUUCCAUUUUUAAAAACGUAUUUUUCUUUUGACUAAACAAUGAAACUUUUUAUGUUGAUCCUUUGAUAUUUUCAUGGUGGGAUCACAAUUUCCUUUCGAUUUCAUUACCCGGUUGUAUCCGCUUUUGAGUGGAAUAAUUUAGUUUCUUAAUGUUUUCCUUCCCGGUAGAAUACCAUUUCCCAGUGGGAUACCUUUCUGUGGAAGAAUCUUAUUCCCGAGAAGAUUUUGUUCCAUGUAGUAUACUUAAAGUUAUACCAGAGAUAGUUGCCUACUUUUGCCAAGAGUCAUCCAUAAUGUACACGUUUUACUGCAUUAAACUUGAUUUGUUAAUUUGUGAAGAAUUAAUUUGGAACCGAUUAGAAAUUUUCAAAUGUGCCAUUAUUUAUUGGUCAUAACAUUUGAGGGAACUCAUGGAACAUUAUAUUAAAAAGAAAGAUAAAUAGGACAUUUAAAUGUUCCUAAAACGAUAAUAAAAAUUAUAGAAGCUUCUAAUUCUAGGAUUUUAUUUAAAUAUCAAGAAACGGUGUUUUACAUUAGAUUCAUGACAAGGUCUGCAACACGAGUAUACUGUUUCCCAUAAAUAGCCAGAUUAAAGGGAUGAAAAGUUACAAUUAUUAAAGAUCUAUAAAAAUUUUCAGAAUAUGUUUUUAAAAAGAAUUAUGUGGUUUCAUCACUUUAGUUCGAGUUAAAGCUCCUACUGAAAAUGGAUUCAAAAUUAUUCUGUUAAAAAUACAAAACUUCCGACUUUCAGAUUAUUAUUACAAACUCUAAAGCCCACGUCAGCAUUUAAUAUAAUGAUGUAUCGUAUACCCAUGUACAUAAAAAAAAAUAAAAAUAAACAAAUCUCAAUAUAAAAAUAAUAAAACAGGUAUCCGUGCCUUAAAUGGUAGCAUCACCCAUUUCUGCUCACAUGGACAUCAACAUCCCCAUCACCUAUCAGGUGAUUAAAUAUUACUAAAGAAAAGAAUCGUAUAUUUGAUAUCUAUUUUUUUUUCAUACCAGUUCUUAUGCAUUUAUUAGGCACUUUUCUUAUCUUUAUUCUACAGAAUUUAUGCACGCUCAGACGAUGCAAAUUAGUCACUACAGGCAACACAGUGAGACAAAGUGCACUGAAGGUCUACUCAGUGGUGAUAUUAUCAUUUUUAAGGCUGAGGUAGAUUACAGAGAAGAUCCGAAAAUGAAAUAUGUGUUCAUAUAUAUAAAGAAAAAAAUGGAUAUAUUACCUGAUGUAAGUUCUGUUUACAGAGUAUUAUACAACUAAUGUUAUAUACAUAAUUAUUUUGACAAGUUUCAUUUUAAAAUGUAUUAAUUAUUUAUUUCUAAUUAUGUUUUUAAAUGACAUGAUUCCGUGACAAAAAUGCGCACAAAAAUAAUUGUUUUAUAGUUUUACAUUACAGGCUAAUACCUGAAGAAGCAGUUAUUUCUUAAUAUUUUUGUAUUAGUUUAUAAUGGUUAUUGUUAACUGGUAUAAUUUUCAAAAUUUAAUUCUAUUCAAGUUGAGUGCCUUAGAGGACCUAGAUUAAUUCUAAAAAAAAAAAAAAUUUUUAGAAGGGGCGUCGAAGAACAUGAAAAAAGUUGGUCGUUAGAAUAUAGCAAUACUAUAAAGGGGAAUCUGUUUAGAGAAAAUCCUUUAGACACAAAGAUCACUGGCUUUUAUUGUUAUUCUAAAUGCUAUUUAUUUUUGUUUUUUGUUGACUUCAUUUGUAGAAAUUUGAUAUAUCGAAAAUUGAUAAAAGAAUAAAUGUUGACGCCAGGAAAUAUUAUCCACAUAUUGGUCUAAGUAGAGAACAUGGUCGACAAGCCCUUUGUAGGGUUAUGAUCAAAGUAAUUGGUGAUGCAGUCGAAAGUUCUUCUUAGAGUUUGAUACAAUAUGAAUAUACAAUUCCAAGAAAGCUUGCUACGUUAAUUUGCCUCUGCUCUUGCAUGGGUUAGUCAUCUUCAAUCAAUUUUUCUGCAGUUUUUUACCAUAGUCAUUUGUUGCGUAGGACUUCCGAGUAGCAUACACUUUGUUUGUCCCCAAAUUAGAUUCCUAGCAGACGCUAACACUUGUUAUGGGCGUGGUUUAAUCUCCUCGAUGAGUCGUGUUUACUACCGACUACCAAUUAAACAUGGUUUGGUUGUCUCCUAGUAUCUAGUCGAACGUAUUCAAUUUGCCGAUAAACGUAAACAAAUGCUGAGUAGUUUCUGGAAUGCAGUGUUUAUCUGCAUAUAUAAGGGAUUGACAGGGACGGAGAUUAAGUGAGAGAUUCAGAGAGAUUGAUAGAUAUUUUAACUUCACAAGACGUGUAUUAUUCUUUGUGUACUAAUAUGUAUUUAUUCGCUUUUAUCAUUCAUCAUUAUUAAUUCGAACAUUGUACUUAUUCUGUACCGGUACAAGAUCUACCAUGCUAUGUAAGUUAACGAUUUGUAAUUAUGUUUCUUUUGUUUUGUAAAUGUAUUAUUACUAAAUUAAAUCUUAUUAGCUGUAAUUGGUACUGUUUUGGGUGUCGUAUUUUUGUUAUUGUAUUUAUCUAUGGUAUCGCCAUUUGUUAGACACUGUUUGAACGAGCCAUACAAUUAAAACAAGAGAUUAAUUUCUCACAAGACAAGCCAGUGCGUAACAUCAUUCAAAUCGUUGUUGUCUCAUUAUUCUACUUGAAAUGUGUAAAAAUUUAAACACUCGUAUAAUGAACUGUAAAAUACCAAUAGUAGUGCGUAAACUAUUGACAGAUCCUUCAUAGUUUGGAUAAUUUAUUGAAUAAAUGCUGAAGUCAAACGUGAAGGUCUGCACAUAUCUUCGUUUAUAUACAUAAUUUUGACCUCUUUUAAAGUUAUUACUUUAUUAAAAUAUGGCUCAUACUGAUUAUUUCGUCAAAACAACAUGUUGGCAGUCGGAAUCUCGUCUCAUUGCUGUUCUACUUGUCUCGCUUCUAGCGUUUCUCAUCAUCUAAUAGCUUUUCGGGGUUAUAUUGUGUUGUCGGAAGAAAUGAUUGAUUUGAUUCUUAAUUUGCUUUAACAAUGUUCAUUUUCUUAAUAUUCCUUCUGAUGCGUGAGGCUUGAUUGCAGUCCAGUACUUUAAAUGCGCAUAUUAUGGUGCAUGUUGUGCAGCAGGCUGAAAUAAUGACGUCAACGUUACAUGAGACAAUGUACCUUCAAAAUUCCUUGCCCGUUGAUUAUUUUUGAAACCAUUAAUACGAAUAACACAGCUUUGUAAAACCAUCUUUUGUUCUUGUGGCAAUGUGUGCAAAUCGGAGUAAUUAUGUCGGAAAGAAGUAUGUAGAGGAACUCGGGAUGUGCCAGGGCCAAUCAUUUUUUUUUAAAUUUGGGUUUUGACAGAAUGUUUUUUUCUUCUUCAGACCUGUUGAUACAUUUUGUGACAAGAUCACGAUUGAACAAGCGUUUCUAGUUGUCCCCUCUGUUUAUAUGAUUCGAUAUCAUCUUCCAGGCAUGUCCUAAAUUUUCAGAUGUUUCAAGUUGUCUACUCCGUUAUUGAAAUUUAGCAUCUGCUGCUCAUUGUACUUGAUACUGUUCUGUAGUCUUGCAUUGACGAUUUCAGCCUUUCUCUUCAGCUUCGUCUGUUUGAAUAUAUCGGUACAAAUAAACCACGGAUGGCUUUCCUCGGUUGCCACCACUUUCCUCCUUUUGUGCGAACAUUUUCAGCGUCCUUCCUUUUCACUCCCCAAUCCAAUCCAUUCCUCAACCUGAUCUUGACUUUUUAUCCAAUCACUUACCGAAUAGUUCCAAUGCUCGGUAAAUCAAAGCUUCUGAUUGCUUACAACAAGUAAAACAAUCUUCAACAGCACAAAUAUUUCUAAACAUUUUUCCAUUACCGGGUAUUAGGGGACAUUCGGGAAAUACACAUUUUUACUCACGUUUCCCAUUGUGUUAAUAUUAGAUAAUUUUUAUUUAUUUUAUAAAAUUAUAACAAAAUAUGUUAGCCUUUCUUUUAAUUACAAAUUCUGAGCAGAAAAUGUUUGUAAAUAUAAAUGUUUGUAUAAUAUUACAUAUUACUAUUCAAACAAAUACAAUGUAGUUAUAAUUAAAGUGUCCUUAUAUUUCAGGCAUCAGUAUAUAACUUACAGGAUGACUUCACAAUGAACAGGACUUGCUGCCAACGCAUGAAUACAAAUCGUGUAAUUAUUACAAUAAAAAUGAAUGUUACAAAAACGUACAGUGAUGCAAAGAUAUAUGGCAGGCUAAUAACUACAAAAGCGAAGGAGAUUGUUAGUGAAUUCCAACAUUUUCCAAAAAUAUAUGGUAAAAUUAAAUCAUUCACUUUUUUGGGAAUUUUUUAAGUGAAGCGAUAAAUAUGUUGUGUAUACAUUUGAACAAUUACAAAGACAUUUAAUCAUUUCUUAUAUGGAAUGACAAAGUCUUUUAAAUUUGUUAAAUAUGUUAUUAAAACUAUUGUUACCCGUAUUGCAACUUGGUUUUAUAAUAUUUUUUUUUUACUUUAGAUUAUUCAGAUAUAGACAGUGUUUUGAACGUCAAUGGCAAAAACAUUUCUCCCAAAGAUGAUACUUGUGUAAUUAGUCUUGAUGUACCAGAUGUCAUCAUUUUUUUUGCUUGUCAAAGUCAAAUUUCCCCAUGUUUGAUUGAGAUCUCAUCAACUGACUCUACAAAAUUGAUACAAAGAAAUUAUUCCGCUGCAUACAUAACAAGUAAAAAAAAGUCAAAGGACAUAGAUGUCACGAUACGGUAUGGCGCAUGCAGAUUAGAUAAAACCCCAUUCGUCAUUAGAUGUACAUUAAAAACAGGUGAGUGUAUUAAAAUUUGUAAAAGGUAGAAAUUAGAAGUCCUAUUUAUCUUAACUAUACGAAUAAACUCAAAAACAUAUGCUGUAUUUAUUUUAUUGUUAUUGCUAUUUUUUAAUAAAAAAAAAAGAAUAACACAAUACAAAUUAAAAAUAUAUGUAACAAAUGCAAGUCAAGGUUGUAAUGUUUCUUAUUUAUAUUAAAAAAAAAUAUGUAAAACAUGAAUCGCAUGGACACCACCUUGCCUAAAACAACCUCUGUUUAUAUUGCUUAAAAUAUAGGACAUUUUAAACUGUGAUUUUUUUUAAAAGCUACUUUUUAAUCACACAUAAUUAAUUCAAGUUUCUGCUAAUUUAUUAACUUAUUUGUUUGGGGUGGCAAUGUAUAGCUUGGUAUGGGAUAGUUACAAUGGGCAAAAAUAAACACUGGAUAAAUGGAUAAAUUUAAAAAUUCCUGAGACAAUAAAAAAUUAAUAGUUUUUUUUUAAAUAUUGUUUGCCAACAACCACUACAGAACGAGUAAUCCGAUCUAAAUUAAUCGAAUGUUGUAGUGUUACAAUAGCUAUGCUUUAGUAAUUUUGACUGAUCAACACUAUAAUAAUUAAUGCAUGUGUAUAGUUUUCUGCCAUGGUGAUAUUUCCUAUCUACUAGUAAUGUAAAUAAAUUAUGAUAUUUUACAUAUGCUGUUUUAUUAUGAACUCACCUGAAAUGGGGGGUAGAGACUUUGAAAAUUAUUUUUUUGUUUUUCUAUGAUUAUUUUAUAUACUCUUAAAUAUAUAUUUAUUUUCAUUUAUAAUUUCAUUUUUAAAACAUAUAUUCAAACGGAAAAAAUAAUGGUAAAAUAGACAAUUCAAUCAAUAUUAGGAUAUUUGGAAUACUUCUUUUAGGUAAACAGUCAAUUUUUUUUUUGAAAACAAUGUAAUAAUAAACCCAUCCAAGUAUAAUGUACACAUACGAUAUUUAUUUUAUAUAUAUAUAUAUAUAUAUAUAUAUAUAUAUAUAUAUAUAUAAAAUAAAUAUCGUAUAUUCUAAUUCUGCUAAAAUAAGUUGCUGCAACAAAGUACUGGCAUAUGUGCAACGGUUUGGAAAACGAAGCGGCCAUCCUAACCGCUCCUAGCGGGUGUCAAGGGCGGCCUUGAAGCUCCCGAUUUAUUUGGAGACCACGGCGGCAUCUCCAGUUGGUUCCAUGCAAUUAUUGUUCAUGGGAAGAAUGAGUGUUUAUAUUGAACUGUGUUACAUUGAAGCACAGUGAAGUAUGUAUAUUUGUUCCGGAUGUAACUGCUCAUGGAGUUGUCAGAGGUGAAGUCAGUGUUUAUUGAGUGUUUAGCUCUGAUUAAUCGACCUGGCUUCUGAGGGGUUAGAUACGUGUGAGGUGGAAUGGCUGGCAGUAGCCCCUGUAACACAUUUAGAGAGAAAUGUUAGGCGGAGCUUUUCUCGUCUGUACUUUUAAGAGAUCAGUGACGAAGCCAGAAGUGGUGGAUUUUUAGUCACUUGCGAUGAAGCGCACCAUGUUUCAUUUUGUCGACGUCUUGCUUUAGGUAUGGGUACCCGAGUUUAUCGCAGCAUAUUCUAGUAGUGGACGGACGAGUUCGACAUAGGCACUUUUUGCAGAUUGUUGGGCAGUGGCGCAGAUUCCAAUGAAUGAAACCAAGUGUGGAGUUGACUUUUUUGAAAUUGUGUUUUUUGGGGUGAACAUUUUAGAUUAUUAUUGAAAAAGUUCUAAGUAAUGGAUUAUUUGACACUCCUUGGGAAUGUUCUUGUUUAGAGAGUGCACAUAUCAUUAUAUCUAUGUCUAUCUGUACAUCUAUAUAUUUAUAUCAUAUCUUCAGAGAAAAGGGCAUGUACUGAACUAAAUCAACUUAAAGAUUCAAAAAGCAACAGUGAUGACCCCAUUAGCUGCUUUUAUUGUCCCAUCAUUUUUUGCAACAUCGCUAUAAUCAUUGUCAGCGCAAGCGUAACAGCAAUAUUGGUAAAAAGGUAAAAAAAAAAAAAAUAGUUUUUUUUGGUCUUUACUGUACAUUAAAUUCCUUUUCAUAAAAAAGAUAUUUAGAAAACAAUGACCCAAUUAGCUGCUUUUAUUGCCCCAUCAUUUUUUGCAACAUCGCUAAAAUCAUUGUCAGCGCAAGCGUAAAAGCAAUAUUGGUAAAAAGGUAAAAAAAAAAAAAAAAUAGUUUUUUUUGGUCUUUACUGUACAUUAAAUUCCUUUUCAUAAAAAAGAUAUUUAGAAAACACAUGGUUUAAUUUAAAAUACAAUUUUUAUGUUCUAAAUCAAACCAUUUUUAAAAAUAUGAUUACCAAUAUUAAAGAGCAUUAACAUUACAAAUAUUUUUAUGCUAGAGUUAGACUUGUACGUUGAAGUUUCAAGUGUAAGAUACUUUUUAUGUAAAUGUUACUUCAAUAACUUGUGCAUUUCUUAAAUAAGAUAAGAUAAGAUGUGAUAAGAUUCUUUUAUUGUUCAAAAUAAAUGGAAAUGUUUUUUGAUUGCAUUAUACGUUAUCAGCACAUAAAUGAAACAAUUUGAAGACAAGACAUUUAAAAUAAAUUAUCCCAAAAAGCUAUUCAGUGACUUCUCUUAGCCAAAACGGAGACUUAUUAGUCUCAUGAAGAUGAGUGAAUUCAGAGGAACAUGCCGGUAAAUUCGUACAGAUUGGGGAACAGAAGAAUUUUUAUAUCUGUCAGUCCUUGUCCUGAUGGAAAGAAUUCGUCCCAAACAGCCCGAUCCUAAGUAUAUGUGAUGAAGAGGGUGGGAUGUAUCAUCCAAAAUGUGUGUAGUUUUACAAAAACAUCUUUCUUCAAAUAGUUCUUCAAGUAAAGUAUGUUUAGUUUGUGUUAUGUUCCUAGUUUUCUUGAUUAGUCGGUAUAUGCAGUGUUUAAUUUUAGACGCUGAAUUGCAACAUCAGCAGGUAAUAUUGAAAUUAAGUAGGCUUCCAGUUGUUGCAAUGUAGAAUACGUUAAUGAUUUGCUUAUUUACGCCGAAAUUGUUCAGUUUUUUGAGGUAGAACAGUCUUUGGUUGAAUUUGAGAAAAUUUUCAUCGUGCCAAUUGAUAAAGCUUGUAACUAAAUUGCGGUAUAGGACUCUCUUUAAGAUAUUGAGUUAACGAUGAUGGUAUGAUUAGCAAAUUUUAAGAUUGGAAGGGUGUCGCUUGAGCUUUGAAUAUCAUUCGUAUAUAUGAUAUACAGUACAGGAUAGAAUGCAGCCUUGUGGUGUCCUGGUGCUUAUUUCGCUGGUUAGAGGUAAUUGGUUAUUUGCUUUGACAUAUUGUGGUUAAUUUGUCAAAAAGGUCAGUAGCCAAGCCUAAAUAUUCAAAUUGACACAAAACGAGGAACGUUUAUGCCUUAUAAGGUGUGGUUGGAUAGUAUUAAAUGCUGAAAAGAAGUCUAAGAAAAGCACUCUGGCAUAUUUUUUAGGACUGUCUAGGUUAUGGUAAAGUCUCUACUACAAUAGUAAGAUUGCAUCCACCGUACUUCAGACAGGUUUGUGAGCAAAUUUGGGGGGGGGGGCAUUUUUGCUGUACUUCAUUCAAAAUUUCUUUCAGAAUCAUUUUCUCAAAAAUGUCAUUACAAUAAAAAGUAAGUGCAACAGGUCGUAAGUAGUUGUUGCACGUUUCCUUAUUUUCUUCGGAAUAUCUAUGAUUUCUAAAGUAUUCCUAAUUUCUGGUAUUGUGUGAGUUACAUAAGAUUUAUUAAAUAUGUAACAACAAAUUUAGUAGAGCUGCUCUGAGCAUAGUAUAAUGAGCCGAACACUUAAUUUGUCUGGUCCUGAGGACUUGGCUGCGUCCACUUGUUAAAAUAAAGCUACCACUCGCUGUUCGGUGAACAAUAAAGUACCAUCUUGUGUACUACUACCAUCGUUACAUGAAGUCAUUAUCUCAUAGUGUACUUUUAGAAAGUCCAGGCUGUCCAAACGACAAUAAAAGUCAUUUAAGUCGUUAACAAAAUUCUUCACGUCCUCAACACACAAGCAUUCUCGCUUAGGAGUAUAUCCUGUUAUUUGCUUUAGUCCUGCCCAACAAGCCUUUCAGUUGUUAUAAAGGAAUAAUGUUUCGAUUUUUCGUUUGUAUUGUUUUUUACCCUGAUAAUAUGUUUUCUUUAUUAUUAUUAUUUUUUUUUUACUUUAAUGCAUUCCCGAUUGUUAAUACUAAACAUCUUUUUCUUGUGUGUAUGGCCUCCUUUAUUUCUCUGCUCAUCUAGGGUUUGUUGUUGUUAAAUACACGAAUUGUAUUUUUGGGGGAACUGUUUCGUCUACACAAAACUUAAUGUAGGAAUUUACGGUGUUUUUUUAGCUCGUCAAAGUCCGGGCAAGUGUUCAAAAACGUGUUCCAUUCUGUACAUUCCAAGCAGACUGGAAGUUUUUCUGUCACCUUAUCUGACCACAGUCAAUAGAUUUUGUCUGAAUUGUUGAUGUCUUUUAAACUGGAUUAUAGCAUUGCAUUAGGCGAACCAUUGUGUGGUCGGAUUCUCCUAGUGGAAAUAAAGCAUGACAUCUGUAGGCCUUUUUUUAUAUUACCAUAAAAAAUAUUCAGAGUUCGGUCUUUUCACGUGGGGCAAGAAGCUUAGUGGAUGUAAUUUGGCAUGAAUUUAUGCAGUGAUAGUUGAUUCAAGUCCCCCAUAACAAGACGAACGGAGUCUUGGCUUUUGUUUUGAAAUCAUGGAUUACAUCCAAAAGUCUCUCAGUAGCCUGCUCCUUGUUAGCAUUAGAUGGAAUGUAAGUGAGGAUGAUACAGAUUUUGUUUAACUCCCUAAGUAGGUAAAAUGACCUAAAAAUGAUGCAGAUUAUUUCUAUGUGGGGCGUACAAACUACAUGUUUGAAUGUAAUGUUUUUAAUGCUACAGUAGUUUUUGUUAAAAUAUACUGCCAAUCCUCCUCCCUUGGAUUCGCCACUGUCAGUUGUUCUAUCGGCACGGAAAAGUUUAAAGUCUUCCAAUGCAAAUGCUGAAUCUGGUAUCGUUUCACUAAGAUAUGUUUCUGGCAUAUUAAAAAUCUUUCGCGAAAUUGAUAGAAAUGCUUACAGCAACAAUCCAACAAUAAGAUAAUAAUGUUUGAAUUAUGUUUCAAACGUCUGGAAAAAAUAUAUAUAUUGAAGCAACUAAAUAAAUAAUGCUUUCACACCCCCCAAUAAAUAAAGAAUUACAUACAUUUUAAAUUGAAAAAAAAAUAAAAACAUGAGAGAGUAAAAUAAAAUACCAAUUUUCUACAUGACAUUUUAAAAGUUGUUUAAUUUUCUAAUUAUGUAUGCUGUAUUGUCAUAAAAUAACUUAUUUUUAUAUUCAUGCUUAUGUUGAUCACAAUGUGUUAAUUUUUAUUUUAAAGAUGUUUUCGAUACAAAAGGAAUCACAAGGACCAGAACAAUGUAAGGGAAUUUCUAACGAUUCAUUUUCUUAAGAAUUAUUAUUCUAGCAUUAUAAUUGAUAUUUUUCGAAUCAUAAAUUAUAAUUUUUAUGCAAUGAAGUGAAUCAUAAUUUUUAUUUCAUUUAGUCAUAUUCGGUAAAUUGUGAAUGAAUUGCUAUAUGAAAUAUCUGGAAAUACAAUUAUUUCAAAUAUACAUUUUUAAAAAAAUAUACAAAAAUUAUAUAAACAUAGUGAUUGGUGUUUGUAAAUAGCUCGAAUUUUUAAACAAAUUUAAAACAUAAUACAUUCUCAUAGCUCAAGUCAUGUGAGUGUUAAAGUUUGAAUGAAGAUGCUUUAAACAAGAUCAAAACAUUGACCUUUCAUAGAAAAGUAGUCAUAUGAGUGUAGGCUUAUGGUUUUUCAGUUAAUGAAAUUUAAGAAAUAUCUUGCAGAUAACAAUCUGGUUGUUUUUUGGGGGGCAUGUAAAUGAUUCAGAGAAAAGAUGAUUCAAAACAAAUCAAUCUACCACAAGACAUUUUACUUAGCAGCAUAAGAGAAAAAGACGCGCAUACAUAUACAACCAUGAUUUUUUAUAAAGGAAAAAUCGACACACAAUUGUUCCUUACUAUGCGUUUAACACAUAGAAAACUAUCCACAACAACAAACAUUGCAUACUCAUCUGCGCGUAUAGAGAAUUCCCAAGUUAUAUAAAGGCAUUCUAUAUUUUACUCUCAUUUAAUCCUUUCCUGGUGCACGACUUUAAGCUGACCCAAUUUCGCAUGCUUUAGUAUUGGGCGUGCCUUACUCUAUUUGGUCUUCUUUCCUACCAACCAAUCUGUCGUCUGUUUCUUUACUUGAAUAUGGUAGAACAUUGUAUAACGUUUGAGUCUCUCUUAUGAUGCGUAUUCUGACCUCCAAUCCUCCAUGGAAUAGACUAUAAAUACAUGCUAGUUGCACGCAUACAAGAGAGAGAGAGACACAGACAGCGUGAGAGAGUUAUUUUGGAACGCAUGAUUGCUUUUUUUACAAUACACUUCCUUUCAUUAUUUGUAUAUUUUUGUACAUUAUGUUUUGUUCAACAUUGUACUUGUACCAGCCAACAAUGUACUGUGAGUUUAUAGUUUUUAAUUCGUGUGUAUUUUUGAAUAUUGUAUUAAUAAUUAACUUAAUAAAAGGUAUUUAUUGUAGUAUGCCCUGUUUCGAAUAUUGUGUCUCAAUGUGAUUUUUUUUAUCAUUUCGUAUCGUCUUUUAUUAUGCACUGCUUUGGGUAAACGUCGUACCCUAAAUUAGAAAAUUAAAUUUCUCCCUACUAAAAGCGGUGCGUAACAUACCUUUAUAGAUUAUUCAGCAUUCGAGUAUUCUUAACAUUUUUUUUAUUUUUAAUGUUAGUUUAUCAAAUGUGUAAAAAUCAUUGAAAAAGUAUGUUCGCGGAAAAAAAAAAAAAACCUCUGUACAACUACUUUCUUCAAAAUUCGAUUUUGUGUAAAACGCAUUUGUCAAGCAACAUUUUUUGUUAAAAACUUGCUUAUUUAAUAGAGGGCGAACAAAAGAGAGUAACUUUAACAAAAAGUAAUGAUUAAAAACGAUAAUCAUAUACUAUUUUAAUUUUUAAAACGAAAUAUUGUUGUUGUUUUUUUUGUAUUUCUUUAGUUAUUAACAAAUUUGAUUUUACACCACGCCUUACCUUACACUGUUUUAUAUAUUAUUCUAAUUUCUUUUUAAAUGUAUAAUUAGUUAAACAAAUAUAUAUUUACAUCUAUCCUUUUUUCCUUACAAUGCGAACAAAAAAGGAAUUACAAGUAUCUAAAAGGAAUCAUGACCAUCCGAGUAUUGAACUAAAUCCGUUAUUUCAAGUAGACAAAGAAGAACAACAAAAAGGUGAGAUUCUUCUUUUCCUCUUAAUGGUUUAUAUUAAUAUAAUUACUUUAAUAUUGGUUGCUAUUAACGUAAAGAGAUGUAACGAAAUUUAAAUAUAUCACAUUAAAUGGCGUAUUCACUUUUAACACCAAAGGGAUGCAUGGGGAAACAAAUAUAUAGUUUUUUUAAAUAUAGUUUUAAAAUGAAAAUAAUAUAUUAAAGAGAGUCCUGGGGUUUUCUUCUUAAAUGGACAAGAAAGCUAGAAAAUACUAAAAGAUAAAAGUUGAAAUGUUCAGUUUUUAUGCCGAAUACCUACGAAUGACAAAAUUAAAUAAAUAAUGUAGACAACAUUUCAAGAGGCAACGCUAUUAAAAAAAAAAAGAUAUCGCAUAUUGUUGGGGCGUAGAGGUCUAGUUCUUAUAAUGCACUAAGUUUGCGAAGACACUGAUAUGGGCAUGAUGACAAUAUGGGAACUUUUAAAGAGUCCUGAGGAAACCCAAAAUGAAAUACUUGCGGAAUUGUAAACUUCACAAGCAUCCAAUUUUCACAAUAUUCAACUAAUUGUGUAAGAACAAAUUCAAUUGCUUUAGCCUUAAGAACAUUUAACUUCAGCAGUACUGAACAGAAAGAAGAACAGGAAGUUUAGGUCAAAGGGUAAACGUUAUAUUGAAUUAAAAUCAAAGUAAAUGUACCAAUUUUUUUCUUUUGAAAUUUAAAUUAGUACCCUUACGACGAUAUAAAAUCUGUUUAUUAGUGUUAAAAUUGUAUUGCAGUUGCAAUUAUUUCAAACAUAAUAAAACUUGUAUAUAUGUCUAUUGUUUCAGCCACGACCAAAUUUCUAAGAGAUUUCAAAUGCGAUAAAAAUCCAGGUCAUGAGUCAUUUUACACUGUUCAUGAUUUCGAAUUGAGUCAUAUCGAAAAAGAUUAUAGACUCGAAAUCCUAUAUCAAUUAAUCAAAUGUAUCUCUAAACUUACUGUAAGUAUUCUAGUCUCCUUCAAAAGCCAAGCAAGAUACAAUGUGAAACAAAGAACUGAUGAUAUGUCUCCCGAUUAUUAUAUAGCUGAGAAAAAGGGGUUCAAGCUCAAAACUGGAAUGAUAAUAAGUGUUGAAAAAAAUUGUGAAAAUAAGCAAUCCCAGUGUCCAUGCCAAAGUUGUAAAACUUCUGGUAACCCCAGUUCAUCUUGGGGUAAAGUGUUUGUAUUAACAUCAAGCACUGUUGUUUUUGAUAAUAACGAAGCAGAGAAAUCAAGUUUUAAUUUGUUUUAUAACUCACAUAACAGUGAAGCUUACACAUUGUAUGGCAGUUGUGUUAGUGAAAAUAAUGUUGAUGAAGGUUGGUGCAUUGUAGAGUGUCCAACAUGUGAUUUACAUCUCUUUGAAAGACUAGAUCAUUUCAUCAUAAGUUGCAGCGAUAAAAUGAAUAAAAUUAACACAAAAUUGAAUAGAGAGGAGAAAGGAGAUUUUGUUUGUAUUGUCUCACAUCCUCAUGAUUUCCCUAAACAAAUAACGAUAGGUAAAUUUGAAAAAAGGAAGAUUUCAAAAAUGAUUGAUACCACAGAACAAACCAUUUAUCAAUACUCAACACCUACAUGUCAUGGUAGUGCUGGGGCGUUCGUCUACAUUCUUGGAGUUAGUGAUUUAUCAGCAAAACAUUUUCACGUUCAUUUGGGUGUCAAUGAUUCGGGGAAAGGUUACUGCAGUAUUGGAAAGGAAGAAAAAACAAUUUAAAAGACAUGAUUAAGCCAAAGGAUUAAACCUUGAACAAUAAACACAUCUCACUUAUUUUGGCACCACAUACAAAGGAAGGAAGGAA